AAUGCUUGCCUUGCUAAGAAUCAUCUUACACGCAUUGUUCCAAAUCAGGCUUAGAGCUCAGAGAAAGAAGAUGGCAUGAGAACAAUUUCUCCUUCCGUCCCCUGAAGGAGAAAGACCCAGGGGAUUCCUGGAUCUCCCUGGGUUUUUGAAUUUUUCACCCCUACCUAAUUGUAAUUUUCUGUUUCAGUUGGAUUCAGAGGCAUUUCCUGGUUAAAGUGCAGUGUGAUUUCCAUUGAGUUGAAGGAACAAUUCUCAUCAUGAGUGGGUUGUCGGAGGAGGCAGUGGAGAAAUUUCUGGAUACAAAUCCUGUCUUUGCUAAAGAAUACUAUGACCUUAAAUUCAGGCCUGGGAUCAUAUCUGACCUCCUCAGCACCAACAAGACAAAUGUUGAUUUCUCCCAUUAUCACUCUAUGUCCAGUGUGGAGGAGAGUGAGAUUGUGUUUGACCUCAUUAGGGGCUUUCAGGAAAACCUCAAUGCUGAAAGAUGUGUCUUCAGUGUACUCAAGAAGUUGUCUUUUAUUAUCCAGGCAGACCGUAUGAGUCUCUUCAUGUAUCGCAUGAGGAAUGGUACUGCUGAACUUGCCACCAGACUUUUUAAUGUUAACAAAGAUUCCACCUUGGAGGACUGUUUGGUAUCCCCAGAUUGUGAGAUUGUGUUUCCUUUAGAUACUGGAGUUCUUGGAUUUGUGGCACAGUCUAAGAAAAUAGUCAAUGUUUCAGAUGUUGCACAGGUGAGUAAAAUGUGCAAAUUUAUUCUACAGAAUAAAUGAGUAGGACAUUACCUGUUUUUUUUGUUUGUUUGUUUGUAUGUUUUUUUUUCCAAUUGCUCCUAUAUGGCUUUAUACGGACAAUUUGGUUUAUGUAGCUGUAUGAAUUGUAUUUAUUUCAGCAGGCACAGCAGAUGCACUCAUAUUUUUGUGCACGUGUUGAAGCAGGCCAUGUACAGUACACAUCAAUAUCUAAUCCAGGAUUAUAUCUGGCCUUCCAAAAGCUGUUGUACCUCAAGAAGAUAAGCUACCACUGAGAGCUCUGAGUUACCUCAGUGUGAAUGUGAAUUAUUGCAGAAACCCUUAUUAGCUUUGCUGUGCCAUAUCUACAUUAUUUCUCUGUACAGUAGCCAAUUAUUGCCAGACAUGUAAUGCCAUGAGACCGCUUCAGUGAAUGCUAUUUACCUUGCAAAAAUAAAGCUUUGAAGAGUUUAAUACAAUAGAGAUGAAUAGAGGUGAUGAUUCUGAAGGAUAAGCUUUUAAUAGCCUAUUCAAUUUUCGAGGUGAAAACAAAGCAGAGAAAAAGAAUGUUUUACUGUCAUGGUAUACUGACACAAAUCCAUAUUGCAGAUGUUUGGAUUACUAUUGUAUCAAUGCACCUUUUAUGUGAACUCUUUAUUUGUAAGGUUUAUAGAUCAUCAAGUUGAAUACAUGGACUGCCAAUAUGUAGUGAUCCAUUGUAUAUUGCGUGCAUGGUAAUCAAAAUGCAUGUACUCCAGCAUAUGGGGCAGAUCUAAAAAAGAUGCAUGUCAGUGUGCCCAAAAUGGCCAGAGUCACCCUGUUAUGCUUGGACCUUAUGCAGACAUGUAAUUCUGUCAGCCUGCCAAAAAGGGGUGGCUAAAUGCAGCAGAACCACUUUCAAAUGGGCACAAAUGACCUCUAAUGACCUUGUCCAGCUGCGGCAUCUUUAGUUGUAUACGUGCACUAUGCCACUUGGGACCUUUCUCUAUUGCCAAAAGUGAUGUUCAUUUGGGAAAGCCAGUAUGGUAGUACAGGGUACUCAAAUAUGGAUUGUCCUAACAAACCCAUGGCUCUUACCUAUAAAUUAUUCUAACUCUUACUAUUAUUGGUACAUUAUCUGAAACAGUCCUUAACCCACUUCAUGUUUUAUAGUUUAUACAAGUUAAUCUUAGAGUUUCGUUUUUUGAGAAUAUAUUAUUAAAGGUACAUUUCAAUCAUACUCUAUUGUAAUCUAGCUAGAAAUAAACAUCACACUUUUUGAUCAGGAAAUAAUGUUUAAUGGGCACUGCAGAGUGGAUAACUGUUUUAAUGGGUAUAACAAAGUAAGAAUGUACGUAAAAAAAAAUACUCUCCUUUAAAUGUCUCUAUUUUAAUACAAGUUAAUAGUGUGUUAUUUUUAUUGAAAUUAUGAUUGGGAAUUCUCACACGUGAUUAUAUUACCAUCUGCUUUAAUGAGCUUGGUCCAUAGGUUCAUGGUAUAAUGUACAGUUGUACGUUUCCUCAUGACUUCCUCUUGAACAUGAGAGACAAUGGGGUGGGGCUAAAGCAUAUUUUUGAAUUUAAAAAAAAGCAUUGUUGCAAUAAGAAAAAGAAGAUAAUUUAUUUGUAUGUCUCUCGCUCACAUGCAUUCUUGCACAAUGUGUGCUUCAAUUGUCCUGUCAAGACAAUUUUACCAGAUGCAUAUAUUAAAGUGUGUAACCUCACGACUGUAAAACUGUGUAUUAAGAUAAGGAUUACUGGAGAUACUAGCCAUAUUCCUUCAUACAUUUAAGGAAUAUUUCCUUAAAUACUUUUCUGUGGUCAUAAACAAAUAGAUAACAUAAAUAUUAAAAACAAGGUUUUGAUAAACAUAGGACUAAAAAAUGGUUUAGAUGCAGGGCAGUUGUCUUCAUUUUUGUGAAGAAUCCCUACUGUUUAAAGGAUGAGGGGUUAUCUAUUGAUAGUGACAUACACCUCACACACAUUGACACCCACAUACAUACAGACACUGAAUAUACAAACACUCACCUGCACUCAAACACAUAUUGGCAAUACAAAUGCAUGCACACACUAAUUCUAUACACAAAUACUAAUCUAGGCCUUAAACUUCUGGCAAUCCCAAAUUAACUCUUGUUACAGACACCGCAAUAAAGUUGACACUUUCCUAAAAUACAUGUCUAACUCUCUCAUGACUAUGAGCAGUGUAUGUUCAUAGAGACAUGUUUUAAAGGAUCGUUAUAGGGUCAGGAACACAAACAUGUAUUCCUGACCCUAUAGCGUCAAAACCACCAUCUAGCCCCCCUGGGCCCCUCAUGCCUCCAUAAAUAUAGCAAAAUCUUACUGUAUUCAAGCCUGAAGCUGUAGAUCUGCAUGCUGUUUGCCUCAGAAAAACAAGCUGUCAGCAGAAGUGGUAGCCUGAUCCAAUCACAAUGCUUCCCCAUAGGAUUGGCUGAGACUGACAAAGAGACAGAUCAGGGGCAGAGCCAGCAUGAUUCAAACACAGCCCUGGCCAAUGAGCAUCUCCUCAUAGAGAUGAAUUGAAUCAAUGAAUCUCUAUGAGGAAAGUUCAGUGUCUGCAUUCAGAGGGAGGAGACACUGAAUGUUUGGAUGCAUUUUACGCACCCAUGACCCAGGAAGGAUCUGUAACAGCUAUCUGAGGAGUGGCCAGUGAAGUUAUCACUAAGCUGUAAUGUAAACACUGCAUUUUCUCUGAAAAGACAGUGUUUACAGCAAAAAGCCUGAAGGUAAUGAUUCUACUCACCAAAACAAAUUCAAUAAGCUGUAGUUGUUCUGGUGACUACGGUGUCCUUUCAACUGCUUCCCAUACUGGGCCACUUAUAAAGUUAAGUCAUCUCUAAGAGGAAAGUAGUGUAUGAUGCUGACAAACAAUGUAAGAAUAUCUUUACAAUCCUGAAUAUCUCACUAUUUUAAAAUGCUUUUACAAAGUCCCAUGUGUUUUUAUUCUCUGAUGAGUCCCUGAUAAAUAUUGCACAUCAAUAAAACAUUCAUUCAAAAAAAUGAAUAAAUGGAAAAAAAUGUAUAGUUAUUCCAUCCUAUUAAAGGAACACUUUAGUGUUACGUAUGCAAAGAUGUAUUCCUAAUACUAACGUGUUCCUCUGCCCACCCACCGGCGAUGUAAAGGGUUAACCCUUUAUUCAUUUACCUGAUGCCAGCAGCAUUAGGCCUACCCCAUAGGAAAACAUUGCCUCAGUGCCUUCCAACUAGAUGUUUUCAUGCAGAGCGUGAGGACGUUCAGAGUCAUUUCAAUCUCCAGGAAGCACCUCUAGUAUUUUUAUUUUUUAUUACUGGCAUUUAUAAAACGCCAACAUAUUCCGCAGCGCUGUACAAUUAGAGAAGCCACUAGAGCCAGUCUUAGUUUUACAUUGCAGGACUAAGGGGGUCAGGGUCACUGCAACCAGACAACUUCAAUGAGAUGAAGUGGUCUGGGUGCCUAUAGUGUCGAAAGCUAUGUUUUAAAUCACUGUUUAGUAGAUAUACCCCCAAUGAAAACAUGCAUGUAUUUAAUUAUGUAUAUUUUAUAACAAGUAACUUUAGUUCGGGAGUUUGUUAGGUUUCUGAACCAUACAGGGAAAUCCCACGAACCAAGUCUUUUAACAGGUCUUUUGCAGGGCCCAUAGUCUUUGGGCAGGAGGCGAGCCAGCAGGCCCCUCCAGGAACACGUGGCAGAGGUAUCUCUGCCGCAGUAUGAAUGUAUAUCGAAUUUCUGCAGUGAAAGUAGUCAUUCUUGUUUGAUCAGCAGACCUAUAGGUCUUUUAGAUACAAUUUGCCCUUACAUAUCCAGCUUUAAGACAAACAGAUGUCUACUUUGAAAUUAGACAGUAGUAGGAUAAGUAUGUUCUAAACAGGUUUCCUCUCAACAAUCUUAGAGCAUAUUAUAAAAAAUUAUAAUAAGGUGUCUAUCAUCACUGGAUCCACUCCCCUUCCCAAUGCAUUUUAACUCCAAACAAGUAUUUGUUUUGUCACAACAAAUGCCAGUUAGUCUUUUAAAUAUUAGAAGUUAUCCUUGAUUUUCUAAAUUGUUUUUUUUUCAGCCCAACAAUUUUACGCUUAGCCUUUUCACACCUAAAAUGUAUGUCCUAUUAAUUUUUUCAACAGCCACAAAUUCAAGGGUGCCUUUUACAAAACUCUCAAGUCCUUUCUUAGUUUCACAUUUUAUUUUAUAGAGGCAAAACUAAUGUUCCAUGAUCUGUAACUGUAAAAUACUGAAAUGUAUGUAUGGUUAGCAGAAUCAAAUAGGAACUUUACUCAAUCAAAGCAAAACAGGGAGAAUAAUGCUUCUAAUAUCUUUUAUUGUAACAGGUGGUAUAAAUAGGUCUUGAUUAUUGCUAGGUAAAGUUGUUAGCUUAGUUUAAAAGCAUUCCCACAUUACACACAGGUCACUUAAAGCGGGUGAAAGGUACAAGAAAGAAGACACAUGUUGUGCCAUGUGUUCCAUGGUAUGGCACAUGUGGUGAUCUGUCAUCCUUGCCCUCAAUUUAUUGCUCUACCUGUAGUCUGUGCUAAUUUUGAUUGUUCCUGAUCUGGCUGAUAAAAAGAAAACACAUGAAAAGUAAAUAUAUGUCUGUACACACAUUUUUACCUAUAGUGUAUUGGAAUUUUAAGCCUUAUAUUUCGAAUGUGUAUAAAGAAAAAAAAUAGAUGGCAAUUUCAAUAAAUAUUUAAGACAUGAUUGCUUGUUUUAUUAAAUAUAUUUUAUGAUUAACUGAUCAAUACAUUUUCAUCCUUUUAUUGAAAAAAAACUUAGGCAUGUGCACAACCUAAUCUUACACAUACUUAUAGAUUUAAUUUCUAAACGUUAAAUGAAUCAAACUCAAACACUUCUAAAUAUGGAUAUAUGAGAAACAUUUGAUCUUGACAACCUUGUAUUUAAUAUUUCUAAAAGAAACAACAGACACGUAAUAGGAAUUGGAAAAAACAUUGUGGUUUUAAUCAAUGAAUCCCAUGUUGGCAAGGUUAUACAUGUAUAUGAGCAUUCUUGACGGGCUGAUUCAAAAUACAUUAUCCCCUUUAGUCUUCACCAUACUUAUUAUACCUGCCAUGUUUUUUUCUUGGUUUUAGUGUGUUUAAGGUUUCAAGAUACCAGUGUGAUACUAGUAGAUCAAUUUACCCUAGUGGUCCACAAAUCUGUUGAUCUUACUGCAGAUUUAUUGAAAUGUUGACAUUGUCUAACUUGCUCAUGGUAGCAGUUAAUGAACUGCUAAUGGAAAGGAUGACUUUUAUACUAAUGCUCUUGGUUUCUUUAAAAUAUAUCUGUUCAUGUAUACAGUAAAUGUUGAUUUCUGUGAACUUAAUUAUUGAGCUUUACAUCUUCAAUAUUGGUGACCAAUGUUGUUCCUAAAAUAUGAAUUUUAUAACUUGCAGUAAAUGGUGAAAUAAUGUUUAUAAUUUUAACUUCUCAUUCUGCUACAUACUGUACACUGUUACAUUUUUGUAGAAUUAUGUGCAGUUUGUUGUUGACAUGAGAGCAGGUCCAAUGAGAAGAAUGUUGUUGAGUGAACAUGACUCUACUCUACUAGCAUUUGUCACCUGACCUGUGUAUUGGAGUUGGUACACAAAUUCCACACAAUGUUUUGCCUUACCCUUGUUAGUUUUCCUGGUGCAUGGUGUGUAGAUGAUGCAUAUCUAGAACAAGAAUGAACUAUUUUGUUAAGUAACCAUUUUGGGAUGUAGAACUGAAAAGAGAUUGCUGAUUUUGCUUAUUUAUUUUUUAUUUUAACAUUUUUGUUUUGCCCCAGCUCCCUGAAUUCUUUAUCUUGAUUACAAGCAGGUUUUAGUUUUUUUGUUUAUAGGCUUUUUUUUUGUUAAUUUUUUAACACGUGCACAUGGAUCUGGGACAGUGUACUCCAUAAGAAGUCAUCGGAAGAGAGAAAAUUAACAUUAACUUGGCAUACCCUUGACCAAUUCUCUUAUUUUGUGAUCCAUAAUCUGAAAAAUAUAAACUCAAAUACAAUUAUUUUAAUGUGACAUCGGUUUUAUGUUGAAAAACAUUUUCAUGGAAAACAGCGUCAAAACCAGAACAAACACACAACAUUUCAAAAUGCACUCUCUGGUAACAGAGAUCAUGACAGGCCAAAGAAGAGUGGUCAGAGGGGCCCUAAAUAGCCCCAGAUAUGUUCCUUUAGGAAUGUGUCAAUUAUGACACUAAUAGGUAUGCGACCAAUGUCGCUGAAAUUAUGCAGACCAGUGUGGUAUUAAAACAUGGUGUGAGCAUCAAGGUGUAUGUAAGGUGGAAAACAUUUAAAUGGUCAUCAAAAAAAUAUGGCAGAAUGAUGUCAACAUGGGUACGGUGGCAUUCAGAAGGCACAGGGGCUAUCACACACCUAUUUCACCUGAUCACACUUAGAGUUUAACUGCCAAAAAGUAGAGGAAACCUUAUUUCAAGUCAAAGUGGAAGACUGAUAGAUACUUUUCCCAAAAGACUUAAUGCUGUUAGUACAAAUGUUCUUAUUGGAUUGCUGCACAUUUGGCCGACUACUAAUGUCCCUUCACACGGUUAGGAGGUCCGUCGAGAUGGUAUGGAGGUAAGGAGGUAUCAGGUGAAUCCGGGGCUGCGCGCUCAGGAUGUAGAAUCCCUUCUAUGGCCCUGACCGUGUGAAGGGACAUUAGGACAUGUAGUCGGCCAAAGGUGCAGAAAUCCAAUAAGAAUUGAUCUUGGACCUUCAUACAGGAGUUUAUUCUACUGAAGAACUGCAUGUUAAAUCAGAGUUUCUUUCUUUAUUUCUACCACAGAAUGGGUGAGACAGGUUCCUAAGACCUAUCAGUGACUUAUAUCUAUUGCUUUUUUGUGUGUAUAUACACUUUUUUCUGUUUGUUAUACACAAUUUUAUCACAUGACAGGAGGUUUCGUAUUUUGCAUAAGCUUUCUUUACUAACUCCAUAGCAGCAAAGAAAAGAGUGACAUAACUGAGAACCAAUCACAAUGUAGUAUAGAGUAUAAGAGGUGUAACGUAUGACAUCAUUUCCUCUUUCUUUGCUGCUCCAUCACAAGAUAAGUACAGACUUGUUUUUUUCCUCUCUGUCCUUACACUAUUUGUCAUCUAUUUCUAAGAACUAUUGUCUCCUAUUUACUAUUACUAUUACAUUUAUUACAUUAUGUUGCUUUAAGUGUUUUCUGUGUUUUGUUACCUUUGGGGGCUUCCCCCCCACCCCUCUGGCUCUGGGACCUUUUCCACUGCUUUUACUAGCCUACCCUUUUCAGGGAGUCUUAACGGCAUUCUCGCCGUUUUCAGCUAUACUUCCCAGUGUCAGAUAAAUUUGCGGGUUUCUUUCCCGCCUUCGCACGCAGUGUCAUUCGCACCUCUUUUUCGCAAACGGCACUUUCUGUUUGCAUAGACUUGUUCCCUUUGACGAACGCCUAACGUUCGGCAAUUCCCACGAACACCUCAUAUUAGGCGCUUGCGUUCGUGCGUAUUAGCCGAACGCUUGCGUUUGGCGGAUUCGUACGCUCGAACGCCCGCCGUUCGGUUAAUUUUUUUGCCACCCUAACAUCUAGGGGAGGUACUAAACCUCCCAUUUCUUACUGCUUUCAGUCCGGCGGCCAUUUUAAACGGCUACUACUAUCCUGCUUACUACUCCAGCCUAUUAUUACUUCCAGAUACUCUGGAAUACUCUCCUGAACUCUGCAGCCUUAUCAGCUCACUGUGGGACCAGUAUCAGGUUAGUGCUUUGCACUUGGGGUCGGUUUCAGUCAGUGGGAAUACCCUUAUUCUGGCAGGGGUGAGCCCCUUUUCAUGUGCUGCUGAACAGACCUGUCUAUGCAGGAUUCCAAAUUCCUGGGUGAGCCCCAGUGACAGCCCUCGCUUGACCUACCAGUCACAUAACGCUUUCAGGUUAACCAUUACCUAUUUUACACCACCCCCUGGUCCCCAGGCCUCCCCAUUUUGUGCCACAAGUACCACAAGUGCCCUCACGCUUAUUCACCGGGUGAGCCCCAUGUGUGAUUAACAACAUGGAAGAAUCCCAAAAUCCCUCAGAUCUCCAGGCCAUGAUUGCAGCAGCGGUAGCUGCGUCCAUGGAAAAGGCUUUGGCUAAGUCGUUCCAAUUGGAACAAGACGCAUCUAAGCCCAUUCCCAAACGGGCUCAUUAUGGGGCAGAUUCGGAAGACUCCGAUUCCUCCAGGGAACGCUCCCACCCCCCUAAGCGCCAUUGGAAAGGCGAGGCUAUGGGACCACGUAAAUCCAAAGGAAAGGCCCCUGCUAAACGCAGACGAGACACAAGCAAAUCAUCCCAAAAACCCGCUCAGGCUUCCUCUGGGGAAGAGGACGCAGGUCCAUCACACGCUCUAGCCGUGGUUGACGAAUGGCAGGCGGCUGCCUCCGCCCAGGAGGAAUCCGACUACUCCGCUGCCAAGUCUGACCCUUACUCUAUAGGGGAUCAGACCCUGGGUGAGCCCCAGGACUCCAGGGCCACAACCCUAGACACCCCACAAGAGGGUUCAGAAAUAUUUUUGGACAACUCUGGCCUCCGAAUGUUCGAUCCUAGGAACAUUCGCCAUCCCCGUUCGGAAGAAUGGACGCCACCCGAACACUUGACCAGAUUCAUGCACUUCUGGCUCCGGAAGUCUCUGGACAAAGAAGUGAGAAAGCGUAUGAGAUCUGAAUGUCCUCGCCCGAGCCUACCAGAUAAGGUAGCACACACCCCCGAAUUCGACCCGCUUAUGACCACAUUCAUGUCUCGCGGGGGUCGGAACCCACGCAAGGGCGUGGAACGUGGCUUCAAGGGAGCUCAGGACAAACUAUUAGAUGCCAUCGGGCCUUUGGCGAGGAUCAUGGAUAUGGCAGAUGAUGCCUAUGAAAGGGCUGAUGACUUCUCCCCAGAUAUGGUGCGUGAGUGGGCACGGGAUACCCGAGAGUGGGCACAAAGGUGCUUCUGUUUCCUCAGGAACACUAAUGUGGCCCUCUCUUCAGAGAGGCGCCGAGCAGCACUUUUCAGAAUCGAUGACAAGCUUGUCUAACUGGGGGAUAAAGAAUUGGGCCCCUUGGCACAGGGCAAAUUGUUUGGCGAGGCCUUCCUUACUGAGCUUAAUAAGAGGGUCACCAUAUUCACUUCCCUCAAUAAGGCACAAACAACAAUGCGGAAAGUAUUUCGCGGCCACAACACCCGUGGUGUUUUUGGGAGGGCUGGUCGGCAGUGGGGCCGUGCCACCAGCCGCUUCUGGCCAUCCGGCCCCCGCACAACCAGGUCACAACCAUUCUACACAGAUCCAUCUGCACGCCAUCGAUUCCAUCAGUUCAGGGGAUUGGACCAUGGCCGUGGCGGCCGAGGAUGCUCCCGAGCGAGAUUCUACAACGGUAAGUUACCAUUCUGUACUACCUCUAACCCCUUGCCAUAUCGCAGGUCGUGUUUCUCUUUUUUUCCAGAAUUGGGCAGACCUAUCCUCCGACACAUGGAUACUUCGGACGGUGCAGGACUAUCAAAUAGAGUUCGAGACGAGGCCACUCCAACAGGCACCACCACACCUGAUUCAGUUUUCACGGGCGGACGCUUCUUUGAUAGACACGGAACUUCAGGACUUACACUCCAAGGGUGCCAUCCAACCAGCUCCGGACUCAACCGGGUUCUACAGCAAUAUCUUCCUGGUCAGGAAGAAAACCGGGGAAUUCCGACCCGUCAUCAACCUCAAGGAGCUCAAUUCCUACGUGGUAUACCGCCACUUCAAAAUGGAGGGUAUCCAUCUUCUCCGGGACCUACUGCGAGACAACAACUGGUUCACGCGUCUAGACCUAAAGGACGCAUACCUCACCAUCUCUGUGCACGAAAGGAGCCGCUCAUAUCUCCGCUUCUACUGGCACGGGACACCUUGGCAAUUCACCUGUCUCCCGUUCGGCCUCAGUUCGGCCCCAUGGUGUUUCACCAAAAUGAUGAAGCCGGUAAUGGCGAGACUGAGGGCCCAAGGCAUAAGAUGCAUUGUCUACCUCGACGACAUCUUGAUAGUCGAGGAUGCAAGGACCCUACAGAGGCAUACAGACUACACCGUACACCUACUCGACUCACUGGGUUUUGUUAUCAAUGGCCCCAAGUCAUCACUGACUCCCGCUCAGUCGAUCGAAUUCCUUGGGUUCGAGAUAGACUCAACAUCGUGCACUCUACGCCUUCCGGCCGCAAAAAUUGCUACCAUCCGCAGAGAAAUUCGGAAGGUACUUCGACUGACAUCCAUACCUUUACGACUACUAGCACGAAUCGUGGGCCUUCUCUCAUCAUCCAUCCAGGCCAUCUUUCCUGGACCCCUGCAUUACAGAGCCAUGCAACGCCUCAAGGCAAAGUUCCUUCACAAAGACCCAACAUACGACCAGCCAGUCCCCAUGUCGGACGAGGUUCGGGAGGAACUGCACUGGUGGCUGAACUGCAUGCAGGCUUGGAAUGGCCGGGCGAUAUUCGGAAACCAACCAGACUUCAUAUUGGAGUCAGACGCCAGCCACUCAUGUUGGGGAGCAACAGACGGCACCUCCUCCACGGGGGGAGUGUGGACUCCCCAAGAACUUUCGAUGCACAUCAACUGUCUGGAGCUCCUGGCGGGAUCGUUCGCCAUUCGCAGUCUGGCAAAAGAAUGAUCCAACUGCUGCAUCCUGCAUCCGGAUGCACAACGUCUCGGCGGUAAGAUACAUCAACCGUCUUGGAGGCACCCGCUCCCAAGCACUAGUAGAACUCACAAAGGAAAUCUUCGAUUAUUGUCUGCCUCGCAACAUCACGCUGUUAGCGGAACACCUACCAGGAGAAACCAACACGACAGCGGAUUGGUACUCACGCCACUGGAGGGAUGCCAGCGACUGGCAACUAGACACUCAUGUUUUCACGAUUCUAGAUGCACAAAGGGGCCCCUUCUCCCUGGAUUUAUUUGCCUCCCGCAACAACCGUCAGACGAAGGACUUCUUCAGUUGGCUCCCAGAUCCGGAGAGUCUAGCAACGGACACGUUUCUGCAACAAUGGCCACAACACGGGGCUUACGCUUUCCCUCCAUUCUCAAUGAUUGCGAGGGUUCUCCACCGAAUCCGCAUGCAGAGGGUGAUACUGACCCUCAUCACGCCUCUAUGGCAAAGCCAACCAUGGUUCCCGGAUCUUCUGGAGCUGUCGAACAGGGAUCCCCUCCUCCUACCAGAUACUCCGUCCAUUCUCAGGAACCCGAUGGGACUACCCCAUCCGCUGGUCCGGGAGGGCCGACUUCCCCUGGUGGCCUGGACUCUUUCAGGGGUUCCUGGCGAACCGAGGAUUUAUCGCAGGAAACUAGGGAGCUCCUAUGGGACUCAUGGGCGCCAGGAACAAGGAGGUGCUACUUAUCAGCAUGGCACUGCUGGACUACUUGGUGUCUGGGACGGGAUCUCAAUCCCUUUACGGCACCUAUUCCCUCCAUCAUGAAUUUCCUCACCUCUCCCUACCGGUCCAUCAACGUGAUACGUGAUAUCUCAGUGGCCCAUACGCCGACUCAAGGGACACCAGUGGGCCAGUGGGCUCAUCUGUAGACUCCUCCCUGGCAUGCACCUUCGGCGCCCCCCGGAACCCAAAUACUCAAGACUUUGGGUCAUUGGCAUAGUCUUACAGUUCUUACGGGACUGGCCCCCUAACGAGAACUUAUCACUCCGCCAGCUUACAGCAAAGUUCACCUUCCUACUCUGUCUAGUCUCCUUUCGUCGGGUGUCCGAUGUACGCGCUUUUGAUGCCGACGCAUUUACCUUCUGCCCAGCGGGAGUAACCUUCCAGAUCUCUAGACGCACAAAAUCUGACUCUUCCUCUGUUUUUUACCCCUUUUUUCCCUCAGACCCACAGCUCUGUGUGGUCUCUACUCUUCGUCAAUACGUGGAAGCCACCGCGACGUUGCGGCCUACUUCCAAUCGUCAACUUCUCAUCUCUUACGUCCGCCCCUACGCUCCAGUCUCGGUUACUACGUUGGCCAGAUGGGUUAGAUGGCUAUUGGCCCUUGCCGGGAUAGACCAGGCUUUUGGAGCACACUCAGUCCGAGGGGCUGCGGCCUCUUCCGCCUACGCGGCGGGGGCCUCCCUUCCAGAUAUUUUACGAGUGGCGGACUGGACCAGAGAAUCCACCUUUAGGACGUUCUACUUCCGUCCUCCAUCUAAUCCAGCUUUUGCUCUACUUUCUCAGCGUUGAAAUUGCAAAAUACGAAGCCUCCUGUCAUGUGAUAAAAUUGAAGAUUAUGCUAGCUUCAGUGUACAGAUAAUCUUAAUUUUAAUAAUGACAGGAGGCGAGUAUUUUCCCUCCCUGCUCUCUUUCGCUCUUCCCCCCCUCUGUCUUCAUCUAUAUUUCUAUCUCUUUAUUCACAUGUUAUUUGUGCUAAAUGCCUAAGUUGUUUCUUACAAUUAAUACAGAUAUUCCAUAUGGGUGGGAUGGCUUAGUUAGCAUCAAUAGAUGGGAGGAAUGUAUUUGCUCUAUUGCAGUAUGAUGGUUUACUUAAUCAUAAGGGAUAGACAACUCAUUGUUUUACACAACCAUCUCCGGAAUCGAAUACCCUUUUACAUUCUCGUUUCAGUUUAACCAGAUGAAUCAGGACACUAAAGACUUCCUUCAAGAUAUCAUCAUCGUCUUGUCAUGGAAGAUCGUCACUUGACAUCAAGAACUCUUCCCUGUCAAGAAUUCUUCAUACGUUUACGUUCUAUCUUCAUGUUAUACGUUAUCUUUAUUGUUAUUCUGCAUUGUGAUCUUGUGAUGUCGCAUGCUUUAAAGAGGAAAUGAUGUCAUACGUUACACCUCUUAUACUCUAUACUACAUUGUGAUUGGUUCUCAGUUAUGUCACUCUUUUCUUUGCUGCUAUGGAGUUAGUAAAGAAAGAUUAUGCAAAAUACUCGCCUCCUGUCAUUAUUAAAAUUAAGAUUAUCUGUACACUGAAGCUAGCAUAAUCUUCGAUUUUUAAUUUCUUCAUUUUCAUUAAUUUUUUUAAUUCUUUCUAUUUUUUUUAAUAAUAUUUUUAUUGUUAUUUUUAUUAUUACUGAAUAUUCAUGGGAUACAUCAAUUACAACUAUGAACUAAACAGUUUCCACUAGGAACUUUCUUCAUUUUCAGUGCAGAGUCUUUAACCAUAAAUUGUGGAACUUCUAGCAUAUCCAGCAAUUGUCUCUCUAAGAGAUGCAUCAGGUUAUAUAUCUUUGUGUGUAUUAGGGUGAUUUUUAUUGUAUCCUGUACUUUUUAAUGCACACCAUAUUGGUAUGCUGAACACUAGACACUUUAGAUUUGCACUUUAUAUUUUUUUGGCACCUAUAUCUUCUGAUGGUCAGUUUUUAAUGCUCAUAUGUUUAUGCUCAUAUGUUCUUGUUACUAUAUCUUCUUACAUGACCGUGUGUGGCAAUACUAUAUUAAUAAACAACAACGAAGACAUUUCUGCAAAUAUUAGAUGUGGAGUGCGGUAUCGUAUUGAUUUUCUAAGUAUUUAUUAUGAGAUAUUUGGAGGGUGUCCCUGAUACCUGCAUCAUUGGUUUAAAAGAAUGCAAGCACACUAUCAUUUUUUUUCUAAACUAAAUAUUAAACUAAAUAUUAAUAUGUAGGAUGUUUCUUUUAACUAUGUACUCAAACAUAUUUAAUUGUGACUUUAAAAUGCAGAUGAACGUGCAAGUAAAAGUAUGGUUUUAGUUUUUGUAAGCUAGAAAAAAUAAUUUAAAAGGACCUGUAUACUGCUGCAAAGCACCAAACAGUAGUGAUGUCCCGAACUGUUCGCCGAACUGUUUGCCACGGUUCGCUACGAACGGUUCGUCACGAACUCCGGUCAGCAGACACAUUCCAGCCAAUCAGCAGCAGACCCUCCCUCCCAGACCCUCCCAACUCCUGGACAGCAUCCAUUUUGAAGCUGCAUUCUUAGUGAGCUGUCCAGGAGGUGGCAGGGUCUGGGAGGGAGGGUUUGCUGCUGAUUGGCUGGAAUGUGUCUGCUAACCGGAGUUCGUGGCGAACAGUUCGGCAAACAGUUCGGGACAUCACUAUCAAACAGUGUUGAUGGACACAUUCAGAAGUAAAGUUAGGGUAUGCAUUCUGUGUGGCCUAAAAGCCUCUUCUAUACAGAGGUGUUAUAAGUGUUAAACCAAUGUCGUCUUUUAUUGGUAACAGGAUAUUUACUAGGUUCAAUACAAUGAUGAUAUAUUGGAAAUUAUCAGAAUGUCUCUUUUCAGUGAAGCCAUUAUAUUUGCCUUCGUAUUCAGAAUUGGCAUGAAGUCUGCUAUGAGGUUCAAUUAUUAUUAUUAUUAUUAUUAUUAUAUAUAGCGCCAACAAAUUCUGCAGUGCUGUACAAUGGGUGGACUAACAAACACGUAAUUGUAACCAGACAAGUUGGACGCACAGGAACAGAGAGAUUGAAGGCCCUGCUCAGUGAGAUUAAAUGCUAGAGGGAGUGGGGUAGAGUGACAUAUGGUAAGGGAAGGAGUAGAAAAGAAGGGUGCUAGAAUAGUAUUCGCUGAAGACUUAGUUUUUUUGAUGACAGUUGCAGGAUUGUGAAAAACUAUGGUAUCCUGUGUAAGAAUUUCAUCAUUUUUUGGGUUAUAUUCAAUGAAAAUCACAGGUACUGACAUAUCCUGAAGAAAAGUAGAAUAUUUGAAAUACAAGCUUUCAAAAGGUUUAUAACACAUAUUACGUUUGUCAGUAACUUUGUCCUGCCAUUCCUUCUCAUUGUACAUAUUUUUUAUUUGUUUAAUGUUUUCAUUACUUAAUUUCUCUCAAGCUGAAUAUUUUGGAGGCUUAUGAAAAGCCGAAUACUUACUGAGCUCUUGUUUUUUUUUUAAAGCAAAAUGGAUUCUCUUCUACUGUAAUCAGUGAACAAUCAUUUAAUUGCACACUGAGCUUAAUGAACCCAGACCACUUCAGCUUAAUGAAGUGGUCUGGGUGCCAGGUCCAGCUAGGGUUAAUCCAUUUUUUCAUAAACAUAGCAGUUUCAGAGAAACUGCUAUGUUUAUGAAUGGGUUAAGCCUUCCCCUAUUUCCUCUAGUGGCUGUCUCAUUGACAGCCACUAGAGGCGCUUGCGUGCUUCUCACUGUGAUUUUCACAGUGAGAGCACGCAAGCGUCCAUAGGAAAGCAUUGCAAAUGCUUUCCUAUGCGACCGGCUGAAUGCGCGCGCAGCUCUUGCCGCGCGUGCGCAUUCAGCCGAAUGGGAGGAACGGAGGAGGAUCGGAGGAGGAGAGCUCCCCGCCCAGCGCUGGAAAAAGGUAAGUUUAACCCCUUUUCCCCUUUCCAGAGCUGGGCGGGAGGGGGUCCCUGAGGGUGGGGGCACCCUCAGGGCACUAUAGUGCCAGGAAAAGAGUAUGUUUUCCUGGCACUAUAGUGGUCCUUUAAGCAUCAUAAACACUUUGAGGGUUAUUCAUUCAGAACUAGCUAGAGUUAGUUCUGCCAGAUAUAUACUUUAAACUAGUGCAAACGUAUAUAUAAAAUAUGUACAGUUUGUGUGCAUGUAUAUAUAUGCCAUAUACUGACAGCUUUCAGUAGUUUUUGUCAUUCUGAGUAAACCCCCAUUUUAUUUAUUCCUGUUCUUGAUACGUUUGAAUUACAGAUUUAAUUAUCCUUCAGAUUUAAAUUUUUAACAAGUCCCCAUCUUUGACACUCUUCAGUAAUAACCUUUUCAGUAGCCUUUAGUGGUUGAGAAAUCAAAAAGUCUUGUCAAAAGAUGUACUGAUAACAGCAUACCUCCCAACUUUUUAAAUGGACAGAGUGGGACAUAUUCAUUUUAGGGUGUGGGUGGAGUAUGACCAGGGGGGUGGCUAUUCUGAUAAAUUGUAAGCGGCUUGCUAAUAACAAUUUAUGGAACUAAAAAGUAAUUCCGAACAAGAACAAUGUAUAUUAUUUACACAUACUGAUUUCUAACGACAUUCAUUUUGUAAUUUAAAGACACAUUACCAACAAGAUGGAGCUCCUAGAAGAGAGGGACAUUAGGAUAAAAUAGAGGAACAGAAAGAGCUGGAACUGUUCCUCUUAAAUUGAGAGCUAAGCAAAUUUUCCUUAACCAUCCACUUUGGAAUCCCUUUGGUCAAAUUCUGUUCUGCUUUGCUACCCAGUGCUCAGUCUCUCGUUACUUCGUCUCCUUCAUUCUCAUUUCCUGAAGAUCCUUGUACUUUCUGAUUAUUUUCAUACCGGAAUAUGACUGGUUUGAUAUAGCUUUUGCUACAAUUAUUUUAUUAUUAUUUUUGGAUUGUGCAGAAUGGAUGUAUUAUCACUGAUAUUAUUAUUAUUAUAUUUACAGCUAUUCAUACUUAUUUUCUUUACAUUUUUAUUUACAUUCUCCAAGUCAGGGUUGUUUCCAGUUCUUUUGUCUAAGUUCAAUUUUUGUCUAAAAUUGAAAUUUACUUUGACUUUACUUUGAAAUCACGUUGAAUUCCCUGACAAUUUUUAUUUAAAGGGAAUAACCCUGUGGAUAUUUAAGGAUAUUCUUUGAGUAUCUAAGGAUACUCAUCCAAAAUUGAACAGUAGAUUUUUGUAAAUGGGUUGUCUACACAUUAGUAAAAAAAAGAAUCAGCCAAUUCUAUUUCAUAAUGUCCUAUUUAAGUGCUUUAAAAAAAUAAAUACAUAUUAAGAAAUUAAUCAUUGUUUAUCGUUUCAGUAUUUUCAAUAGAUACAAAAAAAUGUAUUCAAAAGGCAAGUGUCCUUUCUUAUAUUACCAGCUCCUUUGAAAACUAUGUAGUUUCUCUAAUAUGGGCAUUCUGUAUAGAUCAAAAUUUAUUCUAUGAGAAUAAAUGAAUUUUGUAUUUGCUCAGCUACCAAUGCCUGAUUGUUUAUCUAUUCUGUCCAUAGCUGAGAAAGAGAUACUGAGAUUGGUUUAUAUUAGAAAUGACAGGAGAGUGACAUAAGUUUAUUACGUACAUUGUUAGAUGUUCGAUUCAAAGACGUCAGGAUGAUGUUUGUAAAAGUCAGUGUUCAACAUAAGGGAAAUACAGAGGUUAUUUGUAAGGAUUAGUGACUUAGUGAAGGCUGUGAAUGACAUUUCCAAUGUAUAUUCACUACAAAUGUCAAAUAGUGUAAUAUCUUCUUUCUAUAAAGACUCUUGAACUAAAACGCCCAAAUCAUCAAUCCAGUAUAUAAAGUAUUCCUAGAUGGGAAAAAUAUACCUGUGUUAUAAUAUAGGAAAGUGCAAAAUAACAUAGCACCACAGAAACAUUUUAUUGGAUUAAGAUUAUUUUACAAUAAGGUGGUAAAAUUGUAAAAGAAAAUACAUUUUGUAUCUUGGAUGGGUAACAUACCACAAAGAAAUUUUCAGCUAAGAUUAUGUUGGUUUAUAAAUAUUACUACUAUUAUUAUUUACUUAAUGACAACAUUUACCAUAGAACUGUACAACAAAAUUAGAGCCUCGUCACAUUGUCUGCCUCAUCAAAAGAUAUGCGAGGACUUGUCAUUCCUUUUAAUGGAUUGGGCUUUUAUUUAUUGCAAGUAGUAAAUUGCAAAAUAAGUAUGCAUACUAUGAUAUAUUUUUGUAAUUAGAUUAAAGCCGUAAAAUGUACACGCUCCCAUGCCAGCAUUGAGGGACCUUUUGUGUGAGUACUGCUUACCCAGCUUACACGUUUAAGAGAAAUAAUGCAAGCAGAAUAUUAAACUACUCUAAAAGAUGAAUUUCCAUUCUAUAAUUAUUCAUGAUAUAGAUAAAUAUGUAUUCAGCUUUGAGACAGAUCCAAAAAAAAUGUGUAAGCGUAGUAAAAUAGAUUAUGUAAAUCUAUCAGCGGGGCUUUCAUCAAAUAUUAUGGGGCCCCUUACACAGAUAAAGCCCUCAGCCCCCAGGACCCACCCCAUGUCCACCACUACCUCACAGGUACUUAGCUCUGUGGUCAGUGCCUUCACUGCCCCUAUUGCCAGGAGGUAUUGAGUGUGUGUAUAGGGGAUGUAGCGAUCAUAUAGAAGUGUGUAUAUGGGCUGAAGUGUGUAUAUGGUUUAUGCAAGUGUAAUAUAUUAACAUUUGUGUAUGUAUUGCACAACAAGUACUUCAUAUACACAAUUAUAGUUAUAAUAAAUAUAAAUGGUAAAAUAAUACACUUAUAUUAAUUGACAUUCAUAUAUAUGCAUAAUAAUCUAAGAAAGCCACUAAAUUAAGGAAAACUAUUGUAUGUUCUCCAUCUCCCUCUCUCCCUAAGCUCCAUCUCCCUCUCUCCCCACCAACUUCAUCUCCCUCUAUCCCCAACUCAUCUCCCCUUCUCCUCCAAGCUCCAUCUCUUUCUGUCCCCCCAAGCUCCACCUCUUUCUAUCCUCCCAAGCUCCAUCUAUUUCUGUCCCCCAAGCUCCACCUCCCUCUCUCCCCUAGUUCCACCUCUUUCUGGAGUUAUAUUACUUAAAGGGCCACUUAACUCACCUUAACCACUUUAUUUUAACAAAGUUGUCUGGAUGCAGCUGCUCUGUAGUUUUAAUCCUAUAAUGUUAAAAAAUGUUUUAACUGCAAUGUUUACAUUGUAGGGUUAAACACAGUUUUAGUGGUUGAGUUAUUUUUAGCAUUCUUUUUUUGGUUGUGCAUAGCAUAGCAUAGAAGCAUGAGUUGACAAAUUUCAGGAAUUUAAUUGACAGCGCUCAAAUAUAGGGAUAACAUGAAAUGUCAGCAGAGCAAAGAACAUGUCUUGUUGCUGUAAGUGCUAACUGACAACAGAAGUGACUAAUAAGAGAGAAAAACCACUGGAUAUUUUAAAAUAAACUACAGCUGCUGAUCAAUAAAGUAAAAUAACAGAAGCAAACCAAUCAUAUCUGAUAAAGUUGAUAGGGAAGCAGCAUUGCUGUCGAAAGAUCUUGUAGCCAGUUCAGCCGAUGCCCUCUGAGAGAGAGAAACAAGGAAUCCAGUUUUCAGCUAUAAUAAAUGGAUCUCCCUAGCAGGCCCACAAUUUAAGACCCUUCGGCACAAGGCUCUACACAGCUUCAAUCUGCAUCCGACUGCUGGGGCUUGUGUUUGCUUUCCUCUAGCCCCACUCCUCAAGCUUCGAUUAUCAGGGACCCUUUUAUCUGGGAGUUCCAUGUUUGCCUUGCAUCUAAGUGAGCAUGAGCAGGUGUAGGAGACGUUUUUGCACUAGCCAUCUGCGUCUCUGCUUCAGUGAUGCCACGCGGGGGAUGCCUGUGAGAAACCCCGCUUUUCCACAUUGAUCAUCAGACCGAAUCAGGAAACCCCUGGUUCAGUAAACAGGAUUGGUAGGUAUGACCAGAGUUUCAGUGUGUAGCAUCACCCAAAACUUGGAAAACAGACAGUCCAAAGCCUGAAGAAGUGGGUCCAUGCAGGCGAGUUGCUGUAAGGUAGUCUAACUAGUAGCAGGCCCUGGUAUAACAGCCAUAGUAGUAGUUGGGCCUCAACCCUCCUAAAUCGAAGCCUUGCAGAUUAGGUCACAAGAGCGUACCAUUGGGGACUGGAAUAUCCCUCACCGGUCCAGAGGAUGGGGAGAGGGCUUUAGCACAAGCGAUCUUAAGAUCAAGACAGAGGAUUGGCCGCCAUCCCUGUCUCACGUGUAUUGGAAGGCCGCCAAGAAGCCUGUCAUGGGCGAUAACCACCAGAUUCAGGCAAAAGCAGGCUCAAAGGUAGGCAGAGUAUUCCUCAGAAAGAUUAGCAAGAUUAUUGCCAAAAUUAUAAUGGUAAUGUCCAGUAUACAGCUUAAAAAGAGGAUUUUCGAGAGGAGUUCUAUCAACAUGCGACUUGCUUGGUCGGCUGUAAAAAAAAAAAAAAAAGAAGAAGCAAAACAGUAUAAUAGUGUAAUACAGUUAAGAGUUCAGUUAUUGUGUGCUAUAUUCAAUUGCACUCACAGGAUAGAGACUUUUAAAAUCGCCUUAGGGUGCCUCCCCUCGGGUAGGUGGGGGGCUAAUCUAGGACUCCGUCUCCACUUCUGAUGAUGUCAUCUCAGUAUGGAAGGCCAGAUGCAGAAAGUUGUAGAAAAUAUCAUCUGCUUUAUUACAUUUCAUAUAUAAAAAAUGAAAUACAAUAUUGGUCCUACGCAUUUCGUCUUGCAGGAGAAUUCCUCAGGGACCGAAGAAUAAAACUAAUGCAAAAACAAUCCUAUAACAAGAAAGGGGCAGCAUAUAUUUUUCUUGUUGCAGGAUUGUUUUUGCAUUGGUUUUAUCAUUGAGUCCCUGACUAACUCUCCUGCAAGACGAAAUACAUAGGAUGUCCGGUGCGGUGCUUAUAGUCCUUGGCGUCAGCUAGCAAGCAUCCGUUGAUGGAGGUGCCCAGUUGGGGUGCCAGGUGAUCCGUCACAUCUGGUGGCAGUAGUGGGAUGGCGUCCUAGUGUGAGGAGCAGCAUCCUGGAGACACCGAUAACGAAUGGAUUUAUAAUUGAGGGCAACGCUAGUAGUCGUACAGUGCCCCUAUCUACAAAGGAACUAACUUCUGUCAGAGCAAGCAUGGCGCUUGGCUACACUGAGGCAGAGUUAUGCUGAAGAGGCGGCUGGCUUUCUUUGGACCCAACGCGGCUGAGAAAUACAUAGGUCCAUGAUCUACUGAUCAAGAGCCUGCAACACAGGGCGAGUUGGCACGUUGGGAGAGACACCAGCCGCUGAGCAAAGUACAGGGAGCCAAAGGUGUCAUCCUCUCUCCCCAGCGGCAGAGUGAGUUUCAUGGAGAAGAGACAACCAGUCUCUCUCCCCAGCGGCAGUGUGCAGUACAGGGAGCCAAAGGUGUCGUCCUCCCCCCCCCCAGCGGCAGUUUACCUUGCAGGGAGAGGAGACAACCGGUUCUCUCUCCCCAGUGGCAGUGUCCACUACAGGGAGCCAAAGGUGUUGUCCUUCCUCCCCAGUGGCAGUUUACCUUGCAGAGAGAGGAGACAACCGGUCUCUCUCCCCUGCGGCAGUAUCCACUACAGGGAGCCAAAGGUGUUGUCCUUCCUCCCCAGCAGCAGAGUGAGUUAAUUAAGUUAAUGCAUUAACUACCUUAAUUAUAUCACAGGCAAAGGGGAGAGAUUGUGUGCUGUAUGUGGGCGUGUCGGACAUUGUUAUAUUGUUCAUAUUGGUCUGUACAGUUUGUAAUGUGGUGCUCCAUCAGGUCCAGGGGGUGUGCCUCUGGCCUGAGGAAUUGUAUAUAAAGCCAACCUGUCCCAUUAAACCUUCAGGCUUCUUCACCCUCAAUACUAAGUUCUGUCUCUUAUUGUAGGGAACCACUAUAUCACUACCAGGGAUUGCUGUACUCCGUAUACUCCCUUGGAUAAUCACUAGCUCUUGUAAUAGCUGUUCCUGAUACGCUCUCCUGGAGGAGAGGUCUUUCCCACACGGUCCCGGAUGUCAGCAGUUGGUCUAAGGUGGGGGGAAAACUGCGAGAUUCCAGUUAAGUUACGGCGGUUGUAGAGUCUGCAGUGCUUGUGGUCUUCGGUGCAGUGCUUAUAGUCCUCGGCGUCAGCUAGGAAGCAUCCGUUGAUGGAGGUGCCCAGUCAGGGUGCCAGGUGAUCCAUCACAAAAUACACCUAGCUUUGUUUGGUUUGCCUGAGCACUCUGCCUUUAAUGUAUUUCUUUGAAUUUUAUCAAAGGACUUUUCAGCCAUAUUUCAUACAUUUUAAGUUCAUAAGAACACGGAGAAUGAGCAACAGCAAAAGUAUCUCUUAUUUGGCUGGACCCUGUACAGGUCCAUACAUACUUAGCUCACUUGCGCCAUUACACAGCUUAGGCAAAACCAGGGGAAAAAAUAAAAAGUUAGAGUUGUUACUGCAGCUUCAUAAAAAACAAAAAUUUAAUAUAAUGGAACAUAAUUUUAUUUAUAUAUAUAUAUAUAUAUAUAUAUAUAUAAAACAGUCUUGUAAAAAAGAUAGCACUCCAGGGACUUUGUAAUAAAGUUGAAAAAACCUUAGCUUUUAUUCAGGCAACUGCCACAGUGGAUCACCGUUUCAGUUCUGUAUCAGAACUUUCGUCAGGAUAAAGGUGCAACACAAAUAACCAGUUUAAAUAACAAACCAUACAUAAUUAGUUACAUUGUAUACAGAUGUCACUUACCCUUUGCCCCUUGUGAUUGUCUGAGCUGAUCGCAAAAAAACGCGGGUGAAUUUGACCCGGUAACAGUAUAUUCACCAGCUGUUCUAUGUACUAUCUGCGUUCCAGCGUUGAGAAGAGAUCGGCUGGAAAGCACGAGGGCAUGUGAAAGUUUAUGGGGGUUGUCAGAGUAACCUCAAGCGGCUAAAAAUGCCGGCGAUCGUACAGAGUAUCUACAGGGUGCAAAAAGAUCCGUGCGGGGAAUUUCACAAGAAACACAUAUAUUUUGGUUACAUAGUAAAUGCAUAUAUAAUAAAUGCAUGUAUAUUAGUUCCCUUAUAAUCUGCUGUUAAGAGAUUUCAAAAAAUAAAUUAUCACAAAAUAAUGAAUCAGUGUUUCUGUAACAGGGAAAGUGUGCUGAAGGCUUAUAUAUAUAUUUAUAUUUGAAUGUGUAUGAGGAUGUAAUAAGAGUCAUACUUAGGAUUCUAAGUUUGCAAAAUGACUCAUAUUCCGAUCUGGGGGGAGGGGAUAUCUGUGACAUUGUGGGUUUCAGGCUUAGUACUAUCCAAUUCUAGAUUCAAUAUGUGAGUUCCGGUAUGGAUACAGAUAAUAUAUUUUAUAUGGUUUUUUUUUCUGUCAGUAUCCAUGGGGUGAUAUAGCAGAAUCCUGGUAUAUGUAUAUCCCCUAGUGACCACAUCUUAACCCCUUGUAUGCUGGGGCUUAAGGAUAACCCAAUUAUUGUGUGGUGUACAUAUAGAUAAAUGUACCAAAUCGAUAGGUAGUCAAUAAGUAAUGGGGGACUAAUAUAUACUUAUAGUCCUUUUGGUAAAUAGGUUCUAUAUACAUAUUUACAGUUUUACAAGCUAUGGUCAUACUUUUGGUAGCAUAAAUAUCCACAUAAGUAUCAAUACAUUCAAAGGCUGCCCAAAAAUAAUACAUAUUUUUUGAAAAAAAUGUUGGCAGCGUGAUAAGUGAAAAAAUAUAAGCAAAAAAUCUUGGACAAAAAACAUGCGCCCAAGUCAUGGUCUCAAUACUUAAGCUGUAGAACGUAAGCAAAAAAAUAAAAAUAAAAAUAAAUUGAAACUCAGGGAAACAGCUUUAAACCAUGCAAAAAAUAUUCAAAAAACAUUAUAGAUUUUGUAGUUUAUAUGUAUAUAAACCAGACAAUGGUGUCAUCUACUGGUCAUACAUGAUAACUACAAAUAUAAAAUUAUUCCAUUAAUACCAAUGACAGUCCAACUCUAUUGCAUGGGUUGCAAGCCUAUUAUGUAGGUAUGGCUAAUUAUUUCUAAAUCGCCCAAAGUGUAUGAAAACACAUAAUAUUAGCUUAAAUGUAAUAUAAGGCCUUAAUGUGAUUGCCAUAAUUACAAAUAUGGGAUCUAUGAAGAAGUAAUGUUGAGGCUGAGACUGUAAUAGAAAAAGGCAGCUACAUUGUCAUUGCAAUUCAAUAUGAAAGAUGCAAUAUUUUGAAACAUUGAAACAUACGGUUCCUUUCUUUUCCGUGUUGUGCAUUUAUCCGAUUGACAGACACAGGUACACACACACAAUGUGUUGUAUUUCAGAUCCAUCGUUGCAAUGAGUAAUUGUAUUAUAUGACUAAUCUAUUUACAAAUUACAGGAACAAAAAGAACACUCCUGAUAUUUUUAUCAGUUAGGAUUGCCCUUUGGUUUCUAGAUCCUUUCAAUAAUAUAAUAUUUAUUUAGCCUAUUACACAGCUGUUAAUUAAACAUGUUUUUCCAAGAUACAAUUAAACAAUAAUUUGUGGUCAAUUUAUUAAAGUGAUUCUGACAAAAUUGGAUUUAUGAGGUCAAUUCAAGGUGGCAGCUUUAAAUCCUACAACAGGCCUAUUUGCAAAAAGUCGAUCCAGUGUGACAUAUCAUGAAUUAACUACUCAGAAUAUUGAUCUUCCGUCCUAACCUAAAACAUCUGAAUUAUUUGAACUAACAAGUUAGGCCAUGUUAAUCUAAAAAUCAUAAUUUAAUUAGAAAAGUCCUAGAUUAACCUAGAGGUACUAGUUGACCUGGACAGAUAGUGUAAUACACAAACAAAGAAUAUCUAGAAAACCACAAAUGAAUAACGUAUUAAAAAAUAAACUGCCUGUUUUAGUUUUUUGUAUAGAUACAAAUAUGUGCUUUAAAGUAGACCUCACACAAAUGAUCAUCUUAAUAUCUGAUGCACAUACACAUUGGCUUCUAUUAAAACCGUGAGAGAAUGCAUUGGCUACUAAAAGCAUUGGAAUAUGGAGUUGCACAUUAUGCAUCUUGACCAGAAUCUUUGGUUCAAUGAGGAUAUUUAUCAGUGUGGUGCAAGGUUCUAACAGGUGAAAAGACAACAAAUGGAUGUGCCUGCCAGUAAUGUACUAACCUAGGAUGCUCUGCAGUGCAUUCAGUGUACAGUGUGAUCCCAGUAGCACACCACUGGACAAAAGGGAUAACGAUUUACAUAAAAAUUAAAUGUGCGUGAGUGAAUAUGAAUCUGUGUGCAUAUGAACGUAAGUGUCUAUAGCUAUGUGUGUGUAUGCGCGUGUGUAUAGGAGCGUGAAUGUUUACGUAUUUAUAUUAAUGUGAGCAUCUGAUUAAGUUUGUGGAUAUGAAUGUGUUUGUGUAUAAUUUUCCUAGCAUUCUUGUGUUAAGGGUUAGGUGCAAAGUAACAGGUACAACAAAAAAAUCUACAGUUCAUGAUGGGCGGUAUCAGCAUAUGUUUCCAUCCUGAGUGCCAAGGUAUGCCUCUGGUGACUGCAACGUAUUUCAGAAUAGGACAACCCAUCUGUAGCUAUAAUUGUGGCAGUCUUUUAAGUUUUAAAUUGCUUGAAACUGUACUAAAAUUAUCUGGAAUACUAAAAGCAUAUUAAAAGUAGUGUACAUGUGAAGUCCAUAUACAUUUAAAAAUACUUAUCCUUUAAAUUGUACAGUUGUCAUCUAAACAGGUUCCUAAAUCUUGCUUUGUAAGCUAUUGCUAUUUCCAGGUAGAUAAGGAGAUAUUGCUAAGUAGAAGAGGUUUCAUUUUACUUUAUCCCUGGAUAAUAAUUGCAUAACUGGUAAAGCUUGAAAGUGAAACAUGUCUAUUAGAGUCUAGGUUCGGGACUUUAACAUACUUAUGCACUAAUCAGACACAACAUUUAAACCACUGACAGGUGAAGUGAAUUACAUGGAUUACAUCAUUACAAUGGCACCUGUUAAGGGGCAAGAUAUACUAGGCAGCAUGUGAACAGCCAGUUCUUGAAUUGAAUGUGUUGGAAGUAGGAAAAAUGGGCAAGUGAAAAGAUCUGAGUGACUGUGACAAGGGCCAAAUAGUGAUGGCUUGAUGACUGAGUGAACGCAUCUGCAAACAGCAAGUCUUGUGUUGUGUUCACGGUGUGCAGUGGUUGUUAAAUUAGUGCAAGGAAGGACAACUGGAGAACCGACGUCAGGGUCAUGGUCGCCCAAGGCUCAUUGAUGCACGUGGGGAGCCAAGGCUAUUACCGUACGUGUAGACAAAAGGAAUGUUUAAUCAAGGUGUUCUGAAAAGUGGUGCAAAGAUUGAAAAGAUGAGGCCUCACCAAUGGAAUGUGCAAGCAGGUUCCAAUAUUUUCCAAGGAAAUUACUCCCUUUUUUAGAACGGAACCAUAUAUCUUUUUACAUCAAUUUGCCAACUCUAUUCUAUGCAAAACCACACAACACAUGCUAUGAAUCUUUCAUUUAUGCUAAUUUUGUAUGGUGGUUUAGCUCCUAUAUAUUUUGCUAAUUAAAAAUAUUCAGAUAAACAAAUUAGAUGAACCAAAAGGUGCACAAAAAGGGGUGCAUUGUGCUGUGAUUUACUUCACAGAUCAAAGUAACCAAUCGAGGUAAAAAGAGGAGGAGCAGAAACAAAAUCUAUAUUUAUUUAUUUUAUAUUUAUCAAAUAAAGAAAGUAUAAAUGUAGAUAGUUUUUACUGCUCUCCUUUUGACCUCUAUUGCCCACUUCUCACUUGAUCAGUAAAUCAAAAUAACUGCCCACAGCCACCAAUCAUUAUUUUUUCCCAUCAAUCAUCUCUUUUUUUUUGCCCCACAGGUGGAAUACAAAUCUUAAAUCAAAAAUGAACAUGAUUAUCCGUUGCGUGAGUCACUUGUUUUGUGAUUAGUCUAUACUGCAAAUCGGGAAUAAGGAAUUCAUACGAUCAACCAUUCGGCCCCUGGUAGAAGCAUUUUUUGCAAAUUUUAUAGUUCUUGGUGUAUGGAUGUGUACUGAUCCCAUUGUGUAUUGUAUCACUUGUUUAGUCACAUCUUUAGCACCUAGUUAUAUACUUGUAUGUUCAAAGUAGUGAUCCCAUUUUAAUUGCAUAGAGUCAAAGUUUAUUUACAUUAAAUACUUUCCGCGUUAAAGGAUCACUUUAGGGUCAAGCACACAAACUUGUAUCACUGACCAUAUAGUGUUAAAACCACCAUCUAGCCCCCCUGGGCCCCUUGUGCCUCCACAAAUAUAGCAAAAACUUACUGUAUUCAAGCCUGAGGCUGUAGAUCUGCAUGCUGUUUGCCUCCGAAAACAAGCAGUCUGCUGACAUCAUCAGAAGUGGUAGCUGAUCCAAUCACAAUGCUUCCCCAUAGGAUUGGCUGAGACUGACAAGGAGGCAUAUCAGGGGCAGAGCCAGCAUGAUUCAAACACAGCCCUGGCCAAUCAGCAUCUCCUAAUAGCGAUGAAUUGAUUAAUGAAUUUCUAUGAGGAAAGUUCAGUGUCUGCAUGCAGAGGGAGGAGAUACUGAAUGUUUUGAUGCAUUUUAGGCAGGCAUGAGCCAGGAAGGAUCUCUAACAACCAUCUGAGAAGUGGCCAGUGAAGUUAUCACUAGGCUGUAAUGUAAACACUGCAUUUUCUCUGAAAAGACAGUAUUUACAGCAAAUAGCCUGAAAGUAGUGAUUCUACUCACCAGAACAAAUUCAAUAAGCUGUAGUUGUUCUGGUGACUAUAGUGUCCCUUUAAGUAUUUUUCCAAGUUACCAAAUACCAAAAUCUAUUGAAAAAAAUAUUGCUAUCUUUUAUGGGAGAGCAGAUCUCUGCCUAAAUCUUUUGCAUUAUCCACCCCCAAACUUGUCUUUUAGGGUUUACACUUGUUGCUGAUUUCACCGGCAUACUGUAUAGGUUCUUUUUAUACUUACCUGGAGCUGAGUUGAGAAUGGGGAGAAAAGGACUCUUUUAAUAAAAUUGUAUUAUUUAUGAUGCCUCAACCAGCAGUUUUAUGUAUUUUAAUAAAGAUGUUUAUAUUGGAUACUUUAUGUUGCUUUGAGCAAUUGCUCCAGUAAUCACCACAGUAUUUUAUGAACCUUUUUGUAAAUGUAUUCCCUACUAGAUGUUCUUUGUCCAUUUUACAGUCAAAUAAAUAUAUGGUGUUGGUCUGUUGGAUAGUGCCUCAUUAACCAUUGUUAUGUCUGGUGGCAGUUUUACACUGAUCUUUGGUAGUUUUUUUCUGGUGAUCAAGAGUUGCUAGCUUAUCACCUCUCUUAUAUCAGCAGCUAUACAAUUUCUGGUCCUUGGCACUGGUGGAAUGAAACUCCUUGUUGUGCAACUAGCUGUUUUGGUGUUGGUGUAGCUGAUGGUCUUUCAUUCAUCCAUGGUUACCAUAUACAUUUCAUGUAGCCCCUCUCACUUGGUCUGCUGUUUUGGUAGAAGCCAAGUAGGUCUAGGGUUCUAACUUUAUGUCCAUAAAUGGUUUGUUCCAGUAGCCCACUUGUUAACAAAUUGCUCUGAUUCCCUAGCAUCUGAUACAGACCUUUGUAAUCUGGGCAACGACCAAGUGGGCUUGAUUCUCUAGGUUCAUGAUACUCUCAUUUAUGCACCCAGAACUUGUACACCAACCGUAUGGAAGGAGGUCAUGGCCUAAUGAAUGCCACACCAGAGAGAACCCAUGGUAUAGACUGUGCAAAUAGACCUCUGAGACAAUCCAGUACACUGAGAGACACAAACAAUUAUUUGCUGGGAUUUGUACCAAAAUAUCUGCACAGAAAAUGAAUUGGGCCUGCCUAAGUCCAGAUGGGAGGUGAAGUAAGUCAAUUUUUAAAAAUGUUCUAAAGAGCCAAAAUACAUUCAUACCAGGGUAUUUUGUACCCAAAGUUCAUUGAAAUUUAAAGCUAUAAGAAACAUAGUGUAGAGCCAUUUAAUGGUCCUUAAGUUGGAUUCCUUUUACAAUAAAUUCUUGUCCCAAAGGUUGAGAUAUAGUUCUAGAAGAGGACACACUUUGCAAUCUCAGUUUUCACCAAAUCAAUACCUAGUGAUUAGAAAGAUCUGGUUGGAGUGUAAAGGUGUGUUAAGUGUCAUAAGUGUUAUCACUUUCUUGAAAAAAGAUCCCAGUUUACACUGAAUUCCACAGGUCAAUGUUAAAGUAUAAGUUCUUAUAUUAAUUGUGGCUCCAAUUUUGUUGUAUAGUUGAUCAUCUGUUUGAAAUGUGGAGUCCAAUAUGUGGAUAAAAAACACAAAAUUGUUAAGUGAGCAUAUACGGGAACAUAUAUGAAUAGUAAACAUGACAGCAAAAGGUAAUUUGUCAAUUGUCAUUUCCAGGAAUGGGGGCAUUUGAAAUGGUUAUACUUUUAAGGAACUGAGAAAAGUAAAUUGUCCAAAGGGUGGGUUUACAAAAGAAACUCUGAAUUUGGUGGAUUAUUAGAUAUUUAAAUUUCAUUUAUUUGAAUAUCUCAAAGGGAUGAAUUUAAAAUGGGAUCUAAAUAUCAUUAUUAUCAUUUUCCUCGUUCUCCUCUUCCUUUUCCUCUCCCCAGUGUAUCUGUUAGGCACAUCAUUGUGGGUGUUUCAUCAUUUAUAAGCAUUGUAGGAUUAGAUAUUGUCCUUGGUGGAGAGUCAGCUCACCUAGGCAGACAUUACCUAUUAUAGUUAUGGAUUCAAUUCAAUUGGUUUGCUUUUUUUUCAUAUGGCGUAUUCCCUCUGUGUUAUUGGGAUUGCCCUCCACUUUGGUUAUGUUACACAUAAUUUCCCAAUAUUUGUUUUCUCAGUUACCAAUAUGGUCAGGAACAUUUGACUCAAAGGAAAUCAUAAAAAUAAAAGAGAAAAGAACAGAUUUCACCUUUGAUGGGAACUUGGAUUAUGCAAUUUUGAGGAUAUGUGGCAUCUUUUAGAGAGAACUUUUAGAAAUGUGAAUUUACAAAAAAAAUCCUAUAGACUUUAAUGAUGACUUUGUAUAUAACUCAUAUGAAAAGUUUUUCUAACAACUUUGAAUCACUUUGAAAGCAUAUUAAAUCGAGGCCCUGGUCGGUCGUAUUGAGGAACCCUAAACAUCUCAUAUGUAACUGAGUGUAAAAUAAUUUGAAUGUUUUGGUUAUCCUAUAGCAUUUUUGUGAAGGCUGUCAUAGAGACCACCUAAUGCAGUAAAAGCUUCCUCUGGUAAUUCCUUGUUCCCUGGACAUCUGAUCGUACGUGUCUUUUUUGCAGGAAAGCAUUCAUGAAUGAUGCUGUAAUGUAAGCAUGUCAAACUCAAAGGCUAACACGGGCCAAAUAAACAAGGUUUACGUUUAUGUGGGCCACAAAAAAACAAAAACUUUAGUUUUCAUAGAAACGUAGGUUUAUUUUGAAAAGUACAGUAUAAAAAAAGUUGCCUGACACUGGACAUCCUCACGCAUGUAGGGCUUCAAAGUAAACAAAAGAGCAGAUUUAUUUUAAGGAGACGUGCAUUUGCAUAACCAAUGUUUCAUUCAAGCUACCUUGACAUAUUAAGAAAAGUAUGGUAAUGGGACUGAAAUGGUGAGUGUAUACUGUUGCACAGCUGUAAAAAAACGAUGUUAUAUUGUUGAUUUUGAAGUCCUAUGAGUAUGUUCUUCACUUUGGCUGAGCUCAUCAAACUUGAUGAUCUCAGCCAAUCCAAUGCUUUCCCAUAGAAAACAUUGGGAGGUCAUUUUGCAUGUGUGUCAAAAGACUAUGCGGCCAAUCAGCAUCAGCAUUCAGCGCCUCCAUGGAGACCCAAUCUAAUACACUGCCCCUUCCCACAUUUUAAUACAUUGCCCACAAAUCCAAUGCAUUUUCCUAAAUCCAAUCUAAUACCCUGCCCUCCCCACCCAAUCUAAUACACUGCCCCCUCCACCCAAUCUAUUACACUGCCCCUCCUCCCUCAACUCUAAUUGACUACACUGCCCCCACUCCCACCAUUCUAAUUUAAUGCACUGCCCUCCUUACCUCCAAUUUAAUGCACUGCCCCCUUCCCUCCCCUAAUUUAAUACACUGCCCUCCCCCAAUUUAACACACUGCCCCCAUACCCACCACUCUAAUUUAAUACACUGCCCUCCCUCCCCCUAAUUUAAUACACUACCCACUCGUUCCCCCAAUUUAAUACACUGCUCUCCUCCCUCCCUAAAUUAAUACAGUGUCAUCUCCCUCCCCCAAUUUAAUACACUGGUCCCCACCCUUCCCAAAUGACUACUCCCUGCCCCAAUUUAAUACACUGGCCCCCAUUCUUCCAAAAUUAAUAUACUGCCCCUCCCUUCUUUAAAUGAAUACACUGCCACCCUUCCCCCUGACCCCCUCCCUCCCCCCCAAUUUAACACAUUACACAGGAAGGUCCCCCAAGCCCCUCUAUUUUUCCUGUCUUGCAGCUGGUUGCAGCUACCGUACAAAUUAGGCCCAGGGCAGGUGGGCCGCAAGUUUAACAUGCUUGCUGUAAAGCGUCCAACGUAAGUGAUGCCAAGAGUUAUAAUUUUUAAAUACAUUUUUCUGUAAAAUAAAAGGUUGACUGUAUUUGUAUAAUUUAACUGCAGAAUAGGGGAUAUCUUUUCAACAAGACCCUUUUAUUCCAUUAGUCCUCCCUUUAUAUAAAAGCAUAUAAUUGGGCUAUUGAGAAACAGAAUUGCAAAGUCACAGCUCUCUAUUUUUUUAAUCUGCGUCACUAGAAUCAGAAAAGUUUGUUUUUAUUAAAUCUUUACAAGAUAGUUUCAGUCAUAAGCUAGAUAUUUCUCUACUAUACCACUUUAUAUAUCCAGUCAACAAAAAAGCAUAGUGGAGGGUGUCAGAGAGGCAUUUAAAGGGUUGGGUUAAGUUUAAGAGUUUGUUUAUAUAUUUUUUGAACACAUUUCAUAACCAUGAACUAUUUUGUGUUUUAUACCUAUUCAUAAAGACUCAAUAAACAAGAAUUGUUGAGAAAGGCGUGACAUUUUUUGAGUGGCAAAUAUGCACAAAUUCAAUGCAAGAUGGAGGAUUGAGAGAGAGUCUAGCGAAUUAGGAAGCAAACCUAUGAAGAGGACCUAUGAAGUAGUGUUUUCCUCUAACACCUGCUAUGUUGAAGAGAAGGAAGGCGUUAAAGGAGGUCAAUAUGAGCCUGAUAUUUUUGUGUAAGAAGGAGGGAUGCAGAGUUUUUAAGCACUUGUGUGAUUUAGCAUUUAGGUACAAUUUUUAAAGUCAUGCACCUCAAUGGAAGGGUAUCUGUUGUCCCGUAAAUUACAACUAUCUCCAAUUUUCAAGCUCACUUACUAGGUAAGGUAAUGAUAAGGCUUAAGUAAGGGAGUUAGGAGGCUAUCAAUCGCUUACAUCUUUUAUGUUUAAGGGACGAACCACAUUAGUUAGGCGUUAGGAAGUACAACUGCAUUUACAAUUCUACAGACCUUAGCUCCCAACUAAGAAAAAAUACCUUUGAAUUAUGCAAACUCUAGCAGUUGCCCACCUGAUCAGAGACUCUACCAAUCAGGAGCCUCUCAUUCUGAUCGUUGGGUAUUUUCUUUUUCCACAAACCUAUGUCCAGGGAUACUGUUUGGGUAUGUUUAUUCAUCACCUGCAGUUCAACUCAUUACAUAGGAUAAAAAGAACUGCACAAUCAGCUGAUACCAGCUGCUAACAGGUAAUACAUUGCCAACUUCGCAGUUGUGUAAACAGUCGUACGUGACACUAACAGUGGGUGUGUAAAAGUGCCUAUACAGUUAAUGUCCUCCUUUGACAUCAGAAAUCCAUGGGGCAGACAAGAGCAGUGUGAUUUGUGCUGAUUGUUAGGGAGAGAGAGAGAUCAAGAUACUCUGCACAAUAACAUUUGAAACAAUGCAAAGUUGUCAUGGUACCUGGAAUAAGGCGCCAUAUUAACUAGAGCUCUGUUACAAAGCCUACAUUGUAAUGUUGGCAUUUCAAUAGUAAAUUGAUUAUUGUCUGAAGUGUUAGAAAAGAUGAAAUGUCCUCCUUACUAAUGCAUGCUCCCCAUGUAAGUAUCUUCUGCUAGUUACAUUUGUCUGGGACUGUUGACUUAUAUAUUUGUUGAGGGGACACAUUGGUGAUGAAUAGUGCUAUUUCAUAAUUAAGGUUCCCCUCUCUUGUACAGGCUUUAAUUAUAAGUGAAGAAAGGUAAUGUUUUCAUGUUUGCAAUGACAUUUAUUUACCAUAACAUAGCACUGGAGUUAUGCAUGUGUUUAUACAAAAAUAAUUAUACACAGUCACUGUGUACAGUCAAUUACUAUGAUUACUACAAGCAAAACAAGAAAAUAAUUAUUACUGUGACUCAGCAGAUUUGUCCUUAUGAAUCCAAAUUACAUUGUAUCUAAAAGACUAAUGGAAUCACCUAUAGCAAGGUUACAAUAAGCCUCACAAUUACAAGCAGACAUUUGUGAAAAAAACAAUAUAUUUGUGAAAAUUCAUAAUUUUUAUGACCUGUUCCAUAACAGUUUUAUGAAACUGACAAUUACAUUAUGUGUAAACCAAUUCAACCAAUAGAAGUCAAAGAGAAGAGCCAAAACAAGGGAAACACUCCUCUGUGUACAAGUUGUUUACUUGUUAUGUCAGGAAUUGGAAAAAAAAUAUGUUUAGACCAAAACUGUAAAACUAUAAAAAAAUAUAUAAAUUUUUUAAAAUUUUUAAUGCUGUAAUUAAUGCUAGCAAAUGAAGGAUUAGCCUGAGCAGAAGUGGGCUGCCAUUAUUGGAUGAGGGGGUCAGCUGAUUGCGUUCAGCCUUUUACAGUGCCCAAUGCAGGGAUUAACCAGCAUAGCUUGCUGCUCAUACACAUUAGGUCCCCACCUUCGGAGGAGGUGUAGUGCCAAUCAGCGCAGAGGUUUUUUUUAACUGUUUAUUGGCUAGGAGGGUGGCCACAAGGGAGGGGGGAAGCACAGGGAACUAUAACUAUGUAUUCCUAACACUAUUUUAUCCCUUUAAGUAAUAAUGUUUACUGCAGUGAUUUGAAAUCAUAUUUGCUAACAUUAGGACACAAAUGCUAAUAUGGCAUAGGUAUCCAAAUUGGCUAAAGUCAUAUCUAAUGCGUGUUUUUAUGUAGUAAUAAAGUAGUGUGAUACUCUUUCUAGACACAUGAAAAAGAUUAGAAUACUUUGUGCCCCUGAAUAUUAUCAGGAUUUUAGGAAUUGGGAUAAGGCUAUAUUUGAUUCAAUCGGUUACUUACUAAAGUUAGAAUUGUCAGCAAGUCAAAUGAAUUCAAAUUAAAUUUCAUAUUCAAAGGGACACUAUAGUCACCAGAACAACUACAGCUUAUUGAAUUUGUUCUGGUGAGUAGAAUCAUUACCUUCAGGCUUUUUGCUGUAAAUACUGUCUUUUCAGAGAAAAUGCAGUGUUUACAUUACAGCCUAGUGAUAACUUCACUGGCCACCCCUCAGAUAGCUGUUAUAGAUCCUUCCUGGGUCAUGGCUAAAAUGCAUCCAAACAUUCAGUAUCUCCUCCCUCUACAUGCAGACACUGAACUUUCCUCAUAGAGAUUAAUUAAUCAAUUCAUCUCUAUGAGGAGAUGCUGAUUGGCCAGGACUGUGUUUGAAUCAUGCUGGCUCUGCCCCUGAUCUGCCUCUUUGUCAGUCUCAGCCAAUCCUAUGGGGAAGCACUGUAAUUGGAUCAAGCUAUUGCAUCUAAUAUAAUUCUUAAUUCGAAAUAGUAUAAUUGAAUAUAAAAUUGACCAUAAAUUAUAAUUAAAUAUAAAAUUCACCAAAAACUGUUUGAUAUCCGGGGUCCACACUUGCAUUUUACAUUCUUGUCCCUCAUUAGGAUUUUAUUUUGAUUCACAUUGAUUGAGUUACAGAGAUGUCCCUAUACAUUACAGGCAGUUUUCCCCCUUAUUUCGGACAUUGAUGUAUUUUUGUUUGUUUUUAUGCUUAGGACACACAUUUCUGCAGUUUCGUAGAUAAUAUUACAGAAUAUGCAACACAGAGCAUCCUUGCUGCGCCUGUGAUGAACGGGAAGGAUGUAGUGGCUGUAAUAAUGGCUGUUAAUAAGGCUGAUGGCAAUAGUUUCACCAAAUAUGAUGAAGAGGUAAGACUUGUAAUGACUUUCUGGGUGAAAAAUCAUUAAGGUUAAUUAUCAGCAUGCUAACUGUAAUCAAACUGUCUAUGAUUAUUUAUACUUUAUUAACUGUUUAACUACACAAAAUAUUUUGGUAAUUGUAUUGAUGAUUUAACUAGUCAUUAAUAUUGUAUGGGAGUAGCUAAGCACAAUAAAAUGAUAAAACUGUGAAAGUCAAUGGGUUAUUAAUGAUGUGGGAAAUAUUAAUGUGAAACUCAUCUGUAUAUUAUCCAGUCACCAGUCAAUGAUACUAAACAAACUUUAUUUACUAAAAAUGAAAAUAACUUUUGGAAACUUUAAAAUGUUGUAUGUCAUUGAAUAGAGUUUGCCUAAAUUCUGUGUAGCAGAUUUGAACAUUACACACUCUUCAGGAAAAAACAAAUAAAAAAUGUUUUAUUUCUACAUACAGAACUUUAUUAUUUUGAUCAUACUUUGUUACUUAGCGAAUUUAAAGGACCACUAUAGGCAGCCAGACCACUUCAGCUCAAUGAAGUGGUCUGGGUGCCAGAUCCCUCUAGUUUUAACCCUACAGCUGUAAACAUAGCAGUUUCAGAAAAACUGCUAUGUUUCACUGAGGGUUAAUCCAGCCUCUAGUGGCUGUCUCACUGACAGCCGCUAGAGGCGCUUCCGCGAUUCUCACUGUGCAAAUCACAGUGAGAAGACGCUGGACAUCCAUAGGAAAGCAUUGAGUAAUGCUUUGCUAUGGGCUGUUCGAAUGCGCGCGCGGCUCUUGCCGCACAUGCACAUUCGCUUCUGACGUCGGAAGGGGGUAGAGAGUUCCCCAGCACAGAGGGAGCCGGCACUGGGGAAAGGUAAGUGGCUGAAGGGUUUUUAACCCCUUCAGCCCAGAGGGAGGUGGGCCCUGAGGGUGGGGAGGGUCCUAAUAACCCUAUAGUGCCAGGAAAACAAGUUUGUGGAGUGGAGUUUAGGAUUGAAUGCUGCUCUAGUUGGCACUGAGUGACUGCAAUUAAGUUAAGUGUGUUUGAGUAGUGCGUGAAAAGGGAAAAUGGCCAAUAAUGUAAGAAGUGUUGGUAAAUGAGCUAAAAAUCUUAAAUACUAAAAUCUUGUUUUUGCUGUUUAUUGGAUUGAUUUAAUAUGUUAAGUAAGCCACGUAGUGUAAUAGCUAUGAAGAAUUGUUAAUUUUUGUUUUGCAGAUGUUCCUUAAGUACCUCAAUUUUGCCAAUCUGAUACUCAAGGUGUUCCACCUGUCCUACCUACACAACUGUGAAACCAGAAAGGGUCAGGUAAUGAUCAUGAACACGCAAUCAAAUUGAACUUAGUAAAAAAGUAUUAGGUGUCUCUGAUUGUAUAAUACUUGUACAAAUAUGCCUUAAUAUAAAUUGUUUAGGAAUAUGAUACCCCUGAAAAAAUGAUCAUUGACUGGCGUUUUAGACAGGGAAAAGUAGCAUGACACGGUCACAGAUAUCAUAUAUAUAUGCAAUAAGAAUUAAAUAUACAAAUAAAACAUACUUGCCCAAAUAAAUAAAAAUGUAGUUUCCAAGAGCACUUAUGGCUUACACAAAAAAAAACUGUAGUACUCAAAGCACUAACUGAUUAUGAGUUAGGGGAAUAAAGUUUUUAAAAGGUGCACAGUGCACCUUUUCUAAUGUUUAUUCUUUUAUUGUAUGUUUGUUUGUUUUGGGGUUUUGACACUUUAAAAUUGCAGCUUUUUUAUUAGUAAUUAUUGCAAUUUUUAUAAAAUAAUUCCUAAUUCACAUUUUUUUUAGGAUUUUUACAAUGAUUUAGAGGAACCUAUCUAGAAUCUUGUAACCCUAAUACAUCCCAUACACAACAGCCCUGAAUAACAACUUGUUAAUUAUGUUAUAAUAUUACUUCUUCGUUAUAUUUAAUAUGGAGCUUACUCUAUGUUUAACUUUCAAUAAAAAGAAAACUACAAGGACCACUGCAGCUCAAUGUAGUGGUCAUGGUGUCAGGAUUGCCAUGGCACCCGCCACUGUAAGCAGACAAACCAUUUUCAAAUGGUUUGACUUCUCACUUGACGUCCACCCGGUGUCAUUCCAUGCCUCCACUACAAUCUCCUGAAAGCCAGAAGUUCUUCAGCAGGACUUUUCUUUAGUUCCCCUGAGCUAAGCCCCGCAUUUAAACAAAGGCUGCUUGUUAUCUGCUUUAUACUGAGUGCUAUGUGGAUGUAAAUUUGCUAUCAUGUAAUACUAGUGGCUUAUUUAUUUCUAGAUACUUCUGUGGUCAGCCAACAAGGUUUUCGAAGAGCUGACCGAUAUCGAAAGACAGUUUCACAAAGCAUUUUACACAGUCCGCGCCUUCCUUAACUGUGACAGAUACUCUGUAGGACUUCUGGAUAUGACAAAGACUAAGGUAGUAUUAUAAAUUGGAUAGUAUUUCUUGUUAUGAUUCCUUGUGAUAUGUGCAGCUCCAACAUUCCUGUGUAGAGCUACCAGAUAAAAUGGAUGCUGGACGGAUGAAUGACACCCAGCCUUAUUUCACAAUCACAUCAUAUUGUUAUUUUACUUGACUUUUGCUUAGCAUUUAAUCUUUGAUUGUUAAAAAAGUUCUAGCUCAGCGAAGCAUGUCUUACAUGAUUUUAAAGGUCACCCUAAGCACCAUAACAUAUUUUCAUUUCUCCAGAGGUUAUGAUGAACAAUUUGUGAAAUUACUGCAGCUCUUAGCAAACCACCUGGCAUAGUUGACAAGUUAACGUGACCCGGUCAUUUUUUUUUUCUCAGUGUUCCUUUCCUUAUGCCACCUGUAUCUUAAUAUUUAUACUCCCUCCAUUGCCACUUGUCUUUAUUUAUAUUUGUCAUUGUUUUUUCCUUGUGUGAAUCUAAAUAUCAUUUUGUUUUCCUAUGCCCAUAACUUCUGCUGUUUCCCCUUGUGUGGGAUUGGUUUUAUUGAUGGAUUAUGGGUAAAUAACGGGUUUAGCGGACUGGCAACUGAAACAGAACACAUUAUCAAAUUCUGUCCACUUUAUUGCUAUACAUAAGGUAAAAUAGUUCCUAAUUUUCCUUUUGUGAUGACUAGAUCAGCUUCGAUAUGGAUAAUCUAUUGUUCUUUCCUUCAACACUUUACACAUUAAAUAAAUCUCUAGUAAUUAACAAUACGUUUGCUGAUUUAUUCAAUGAACUCUAAUUUGCAGAAUAAACAUCAAAUGGCAAUGUUUAGGCAAAGGCUGAUCUAGAAAAAAAUCUCCAAUUCACUUAGGCUUAGCGUUUAGCUAUUGUCGCCUUAAUUGUUGCAUUCCGAUUUUUAUACACUACAAUUCAGAGUCCAUUCAAUAGAAAAUAUACACCUCUCAACUUUUAUUACAUUAAUGGUGUAAACCCAAUUAUACAUAUAUAUUUCUGUUUUUCAGGAAUUUUUUGAUCAAUGGCCAGUUCUUAUGGGUGAAGUUCCACCAUAUUCAGGACCAAGGACUCCAGAUGGUAGAGUACGUAUUUGAAGGUUAAAAUAUAUUCUCAUAAUAUCCUACACUUAACUCAUACUCAGAUGCUUUACUAGAAAUAUUGUCACGUGGCUGAUUUGGAAAAUAGCAUCAGUGUCUGUUCUUCAAUCAACAUGGCUUUCUCAAAGGCCAGAUAUAAUAAUAUUUUGAUGAAACAACUCCAGAAGUCAACUGAGAAAAUUAUCCUUUGAUAUUUAAAGAGUUUAUUUCCCGACUUCAGGAUCGGAAGACAUUCAGAUCAAUGUGAAUUAAUUCUCGUAUUUAAUUUAUACAAGCAAUUAACAUAAUUUAAUCUUACACUUUUAUGCUGUUCAUUGUUGACAUUGCAAAUAUUGAUUUAGAAUAACAAUACCAGAAGAAACAGGAAGGAAUUAAUUUGCAAAAAGGAUUGUAUUGCUUAUAUUGUCAUGUAAAUUUUUAAUGCUAAAAUAAUAAACCGUUAGUGGGACUAAAAUGGUGGCAAUAAGCUCUAGCACUGAGGCCAAAUAGUACUCCAGUGCUAAGCGCUAGAAGACUUAACACUAGAAAAGUUGAAAAAACAAAUGUUUGACUAACAGACAGCUACCGUCAACUAUCCAUUCACACACAUAAAAUACUUCCCAGUACUCGCAGUGUUUUAUUUUUAUGUUAGUAGGUAUAUAACAUGGCUUCAUCAAUACACAAAGAGUCUAAAGAAUGGCAACAACUGUGAAGUGUCGGUGCUUAAACAUAAAAUUGUAUCCAUGAUAGAAAGUUAAUAACACGUAAGUGCACAAUAAAUUGCUAUAACACCAUUUGAACUUUUCUAGGAAAUAUCCUUUUAUAAAGUGGUUGACUACAUAUUACAUGGAAAGGAAGAGAUUAAAGUUAUACCGUAAGUUUAAAAAAACAAUAUUUUAUUCUUUGACGAGAAUCUAUCAAAAUAUACUAUGGUACAAACAAAUGCUUCUCAUUCACCUUGAUUUACACAAACAUGUGGCUUAUUUACUGGCAUACAUGUGCGUACCUCACUCACUGUCACUGCUGUACUUUACUCCACAACUGCAUUCACACUCACUGCCACAGUCUUAGCCUAGAUUCCUCUGCUUCAAUCUACAAUUCUCUUCCUGCCUCUCUUUUCAUCUCUCUCUGUCUCACUCUUUAUCUCUAUCCCUGCCUCACUCUCUAUCACUCUACAUCACAUUUAUAUGCCAUAUAUCAACAUAUUACACACAAUUCAUAUCCUAUAUCUUCUUCAUAUAAAAUAAGUAUUUUUUAAACCUCCUUAAAUGUAUACUUUCCUGUGGUCACUUUCAAAGGUGCAUCAAGGGAAUUGGGGGGGGGGUGGCACACCCUGAACAUGUAUUUCUCAGCAAUGGUGUUGCUUUAGAGAAUAAAAUUUAUACCAAAUACAGAUUAAGGAUACAUUUUAAGUAUACACAUCAAAGCACUAUCACUUUAAUUGUUUAGUUUUUACCCUAUCUUCUUGUGUGUUUUUAUCACAUUAAUUUUGCCUUAUAUAUAUAUUCACAAUGCUCUUACAACAGAUUAAUUAAACACACUUUAGCUCAUUUAACACUGGCACUAUUUGAUUUGUCCCCCACGUUUGGGAUUAGUGUUGGACCCACAGAUAUUGGGGUACUAUGGUGUAGUGGUGGGCUUAACACAAUAUGACCAUAUGGUGGAACCGAAUCCCCAUAUUUGUUUGCUAAGAUAUGUGAUUCUAAGUAUCCUUGUGAAAUUUAAAAUAGUAUUUUUAUGUGUGCGCUGUUCCUUAAUCUGUAUUUCCUGUCACCAGGGCAGGCCUCUGCCUAACAAAGGCAGACAUGCGACAAGUGCAUGCACUGCAACUUCAGAUCUCAGAUAUACUUUUGGAGGUGACAGGGGAGAUGCUAGGAUCAGUCUGUAUUCUCACUGCACAGCUCCCUUGCUGUUCCGUACUGCUUGCUGGGAGUUAGGAUAUAAAAUCACUCCAGUCCCAGAAUCAGUAUAGAGCUGCAGAGAACUGUGCAAUCGUAGCACAGAGUGAUCCCAGCAGCACACCAGGGUUAAUAGGCUAAAUAAUAAAUCAAAUGUGUGCAUGAGUGUAUAUGAAUGUGAGCACAUGUGUAUCUGUGUUUAUGAAUUUAAGUAUAUGUAUGUGAAUGUGUCAAUAUGUCUGUGACUAUGCAUGUGCUGUUUAUAUGAAUUUGAGUAUGUGUAUAUGAAUGUGUGUGUCUUUGUGAAUAUGCGUGUGUAUAUAAAAUUGAGCAUGUAUCUGUGUGAAUGUUUGUGUGUAUACAUGAACUUGAGUGUGUGAGCAUGUGUGUGUAUAUAAAUGUGAGUGUAUGUGUUAGUCUUUUCCCCUACAACAAAAGGUUGUUAGGGGCAUUGCACAAGAGACAACAAAAAUAAAUCUACAGGUUUGGGGGAAGGUGCCAAUAUCACUUAGGUACCUAUGCCUCUGACAGGAGCAUACCCUACUGCAGGACCAAAUGUACAUUUCUGUCUCUCAAAUUUAUAUAUUGUGUUUUAUAGAUUUGAUUGUGCUGUUUUUCUGAAAACUAUGAAUAGGGAUUAGAAUAUAUCUUGUACCAAUGGCAUGUCUUGAGAAACAUUCUUCUAUUUCAGGAACCCGCCUGCAGAUCAUUGGGCUCUCAGCAGCAAGCUGCCCACAUAUGUUGCCGAAAACGGUCUUGUAAGUAUAACAUGUCAGUACUGUAAAGCAUACAGUGUGACUUACAAUAUUUGCAUUAUUAAAUCAGGCAUUCUCUGCUGCACUGUUGUAUAUUUCGUUAGGCAACGUAAAAAAAAAAAAAAAGAUCAGGCAUCAUAACCACUAUAACCUACAACCUGCCUAACGAAAUAUACAACAGUGCAGCAGAGAAUGCCUGAUUUAAUAAUGCAAAUAUUGUGUGAGAGGUACCCUUGCCCCAGUAAUGGGAUGGACCAUUGUGCAAUGGUUACCCUCUUACCUGGGCCACUGCCUGGCCCAAAGGUCCUCUGAGGCCAGUGAUGAGCAGAGCUGUGGAAGCUGUAUGGCGAUCCUAUCAGAGUGCCAGGAGUUUGCUCUUAGCCAAUGAAUUAAACCUUGUGCAUAGAAAUAUGCUUAACUUUUAUUCCAGGCUGUCUAAUGACACCCCAAUGACGCCAACGGAGAUGGAGUUAAAUGUCCAGUGGCAAAGAGGUUUAACUCUGUAUGUGCAGCAUUUCAUAGCGAAAUUCUGCGUAUAGAGACUACGGGCUCCAUGACCACUUCAUAUCACUGAAGUGGUCAUGGUGUUUGGUAUAACCCUUCAGCUUUUCUCUUUCCUGUCUUUUUCUCUAUUUAUGUCCAAACAACUAAACAUAUCCACUUUAAAUCAGCCUUUAACCUCUUACCCAUAUCAGUUCCUGUGGAUUUCUGUCUCUGAGCUAGGAGUUAUAUACAUUGCAGAUCUAAUUUUACUUUAGAUAAUCAGGAUUUUUCCCAACUGUUCUAAGUGUUAUUAAAUUUAUAGCCAAUUUUGGAUAUCGUCAAUGCCUAUCCUUGCAAUUUUUGUUGUGCCUUAUAUUUUCAGAUUUGCAAUAUCAUGAACACAGGAGCUGAUGACUAUUUUGAGUUCCAGGUAAAGUAAUCUUUAUUGUUGGAAACUGAGAAAAAAAAUGAAACAAAAAAUACCAAAAAUUAUUUUAAAUAUAUGUAGAAAAUUAUGCCUGGAUAUAUACUAACACAUUUUGAUAUUAUAUUCUUGAGUUAUGUUAUGGGGUGAAGAAUGCAAUCUUUUAAUAUGAAUGUGUCAAAUUUUAAAUCAAUUAAAAAAAAUAUAUAGUAAUAAAUAUAGAAGUACAACAAUAUAAAAAUAAAUCAAACUCAUACAGCAAAAUCUAUUAAUUGGUUUAAAAAUCAGAUGUGAGCAAAGUUAAAUAAACAAUAAUGUGAAAUAUUCUUAUUGUAACGGCUCCCCGAGUAGGUGAAGGGGAUAACGCCGCCAAAGCUGUUCUUUUUCACUAAUACAAAGUCAGCUACCGAACACUCCUAAGUGCCGAACAGGAAUCAUUCGAAAUAUCCCCCCAAGUACGAGACCAGGCUCUGUAUUGAGGGUCAAGCAUGAUCUGUUUAAUGGUGGCUACAUGUCAGCAUUUUAUGCAGGUCUUCCAACAAUGGACACUCCCAUAGGGACCUUGUGGAAGACUAUGACAGUUUUUACAAUAACCAAUCACGUACAAGUACAGUAUGGCAACACAUUCCCACAUCAACAAUGCAACUCCUCCUCUCUAUCCUGGAGAUAAUUGGAUUAAGUGCUUGAAGUACCUCAAUUACAUUGAGGCAUAGAGAAUAUCCCCAUUUUACAGUAAUGGUAAAAACACAUUGACAUACAUAUUUCCCAAUAUACCAAACGGAACCCCCACAUUCAACAUAUCCCCAGAUAGCUUAGAUCUGAGCGCUUAAUAUAACCGAACAGCGCUCAGAUCCCAUACCUGUAGUUUAAUCGCCAUGGAGUUAAAGCCUUGUACAUUGUGCGUUCAACUAAAUGAAUGAGCUCCAUGGGUCUACUAUCUGGUACAAUUCGGUUCAUGGAUUGUAAGUUUACCGAAUGGCACAGCGUUCGUAUGAAUUUGGAACAAAGCGAUGGAUGGUCAGUGAUUUCAGCAGUGUUCGUGGGAAUCAGUGUCCGAAAUCAGUUCCAUGUUUUUGUAGACGAACACCACUGGGCGUUCGACUGUCCAAGAUGGCCGCCGCUAUAUGUUCGUUCAUACGAACGAUGACCACCCAGCCGACCGUUCGGGAAUUGGAAGUAACUACGGUUAACCACAAUGUUAAUGAGGGCAGAAAGGUUAACGAGCAGCACACUUCCCUGCUGGGUGGCCUGCCAUUCGGUAGUUUGUUCGUUCAUCUUUUGAUGAAUGCAAGCAGGAAACAUACGAACAACCGAUAACCGAUGAACAAUCAAACAAAAUAGGUUUAAAUAGUAAUCCAGAGGCAGGGAGUUCUACCACAUUUAUAUACACUGGGAAUUCUUAUGAAUGGAUGAACGAUAUAAGGAUAAGUGAUGGCAAAAGACAAAUGAGGAUGGAUGAACAGUACGUUGAUAAACACAGGAUGUUUGUGAGAGGCACAUAAAUAUUGGACAGAACUGAACAAAUACCCUGGUUAUGAGUAAAUGGAACAUGGCUCUUAGCUAAGAAAUAAUUCAGAAUUAUUCUAGUUUUAAAAAAUAAACAAACAGUUCUCUCUUGAGUUUAGUAACUCAAAUGUUUAAAAAAAAAACAACAACAAAACAGGACUUUUUUUAGUAUCUAGAUCCAAGCCCCUAUGCAGUUGCUCCGCUAAUUCAGAUGUGAACACCCACCUUCUCUGUUUGAUUAUGGACAGCUGUGAUAAUUUGUGAGUAGUAGGGGCAAGUUAGCCCAGGCCCCCCAACCCAUUAUUAAAGGCUAAGGUUAGACAGCUAAUGCAAAGCACCCCACCAUAUCCAAACUGCAGUACAAGACAGUUUGAUUCAAUGCAGAGAUAGAACAGGUACAAGUGUACAUAUUCCUGAAAUAAACUCUCCUAUUUUUGGAUACCACCUUGUCUGCCCAGGUUUUCUAUCUCUAUUGAAUUGCUGGGAACUUGCCUCUCCCUCUUUGGUGCACCAUUAUGAACUUUAUCCCUGUUUAUUGUGUGCGUUUCCAAUUUGGUGACCGAAACUGAUAAAAUCCAGAGUGCAAUGUCUAAAGAUGCUGCACCACAACUACUUCAAUGCACUAUAACUUAUGAUGCUUAGAGUGCAUCAUAACUUAUAGCCCACUUUUUCUGUCAUUUUUGUUUCCACUGUAGAAGGUUCAACUGACUCAAAUUCCAAAAACGUAUCCUUUCCCGUGGUGCAAAGUAUGUUCUGUUUCCUGUGUAAAGUAACAAAAUGUAAACUGCAAAAAUCAAACAAUGCAUUCUUUUAAUAUGAUAUUGCACUUUAACACAUUUUGUCAUGUUUCUACUCAGAAAGGUCCUGUUGAUGAAUCUGGUUGGAUGAUUAAAAAUGUCCUCUCAAUGCCCAUUGUUAACAAAAAAGAAGAAAUAGUUGGGGUGACCACGUUCUACAACAGGAAGGAUGGAAAACCCUUUGAUGAAAUGGAUGAAGUGCUCUUUGAAGUAAGUUAACCUUGUCACAUUGUAAACCUUUCCUUAUAACUAAUCCAAGAACAUAUGGGGGAUUCUCCAAUUUGGCCAAGCUAUUAUCAAGAAUCAAGAACCAUCACCUUCAUAUAAAUGUAUUCAUUUCCAAUGUAAAGCCAGCUACUCUGGCACAUUGGACAAUUCCAAGGUCGAUAAAACUUUAUUCCAAGGUGAAAGAAAUCUCUAGGGAGCUACAGUACAUGUAAUUCUUCAAAUCUUGGACACAUGACACAAAUGAAGUAGCUACAUGUUUAAGUAUGUGAAUAGUUAUAAUAAUGAUAAUAAUGUAUAAAGGCAGAAGGUUAUUUUACAUUAUUUAAAAUCAGUAAAGUUGGAAACCACUAUGUAACAAAGGGAUUUGCCCAGGUAAGAGAAAUGCAGAAAAUAUUUUUCCCAACCAACUUCCUCUAUGAAAACAGAGGAGAUAAUUUGCAAAAUGUAGCACAGGAAAUGAAUACUGUAUAAAACAUCUCACACUGUCAUGCUUUGUGUUACUUAAUGGAAACACAUUCUGACCUUUCUAUCACCAAUGUUUUAUUCUUCAGUCUUUGGCGCAGUUCCUUGGUUGGUCUGUCCUGAAUACUGACACCUAUGACAAAAUGAAUAAACUGGAAAACAGGAGGGAUAUUUACCAGGAUAUGGUCAGCUAUCACGUGAAAUGUUCAGACGAUGAACUGCAGAUAAUCCUGGUAUGGAGAUCUUCCAAAUGAUUUUAUUUCCCCACUUCAACAAGGAAUAUACGUCCCACUUUGACCAACAUAUAUUGUAAUUGCAAAAAUGUUUAAGCACACAUUGGUUCAGUGCACUGUUCAUAAAAGUCUGUUUUCAGAAUAUAUUUCACCAGAAUUAACAUUAAUUAACAUUCGACCCAUCUAGUCUGCCCAAUAUUUCAAAAUGCUUUUAAUUAGUGUCUGGCCUUAUCUUCAAGCCAUAAAUCAAGCCAUUAUAAAUCAUUAUUUUUAGGCUUGGCGUUGGGUUUAUACCUACUCCUAUUAUGAAUGUUUUUAGUCUGAUACUUUUGUAACUGCCCACAAGAGAUGGGGUGCAUGACUGGUCUUUCUUCGUUUCCGUCUCUCUCUCCCCCCUUCCAUCCUUCCCCUUCCUUAUUUUUUUUUAUUUCAGUUUUUUCUUAUUUGUGUUUUGAUUUUAUUAUUUCAUAUUUCUAGUCAAUGCAGUGUUUUGUGAGUUUUAUUUUUGUAAUUAUCAUUAUUAUUGCUUUGUUUGGCAAACACUGGCACAUGCAUGCCUCUUCACCUUUCUACCCUCUCUUACCACGUAUCUUAUAGUUAUUUUUUGCAUUUUAAAUUCUACCCUUUUACCUUGAGCUUGUUUUAUGUUUUGGUUGUUUACUAAACACUUGUUAUUAUUAACAUUGACAAAACAAAAAGUAACAAACAGGGAGAACAGUCACAUUAAAUAUCCAAUGCGUUCCGUACCUGGAGGUCCUUAGACAUAGGAGUACAAUUCAUUUAGACUGAUCCCUUUGUGAGUGCACUUAGCACAGCACCAUGAGCAGGUUGACCUCUACAGAGCACUCAUUGACCACAUAAUUGCAACAUGCCAGUGAGAACUUGGGCCAUAUCCCAGGAGAAGGUACAAAAUAUUCAGAUGCCAUGCAGGAGAUGUGUAUCUGAUAAAACAUAAAUAUAUAUUACAUAUAUAACCUGUACAUACAAAGUUGCUUAUAUCCAUAUGUGUAAAUAAAACCAUCCUCCUCAAAACAUACACUUAUUGUGUUUAAGUAACUGCUAUCAUAGUAUACUCAUUUUCUCCCAGAAAACAAAGGAGGUGUUUGGCCGGAAGCCGGACGAGUGUGAGGAAGAAGAAUUGUAUGAAAUACUGGUAGGUUAUAAACAUUCAGGCUUUCAGAAAGGCUUUUCAUGUAAUGGCACAUCAUAGGAAGGAAUGGCACAAAGAAAGAUGUUGUGCAACAAUAACAUACUUAAUUUCAGUUUACAACUAUAAAAAAAGUCCCCAAUAUCGAAUAUAACAUACAAUAUGUUCGCCAAGUGGUUCUAGAACCCUGGUUUGGGAUCCAGAAUAGGUCCCCAUGUCAUUUUGAGUGGCCACAUUAAUAGGAAUAGACCCAUAUAUUUAGCAAGACCUACGUAAUUGCCCACAAUAAGUAGGUUACAUGGUAAAAUGAUUUUCCUUUGUGGACUCCCCUUUGAUCCUUGGCAAUGAACAUAUUAUUUUCCAAAAUGCCAAACUACCUUUUGAUGUUAAGUAUUUCCCACUUGAAGAAUGGAUCAGUGAGAUAAGUUUCUGAAUUAAGAAUGGACCACCAAGCAAAUUCGUGUUUAUAAUUUAGUUCCUUGUUAAGCAAGGUUAGAAACCCUGUGCCAAGGAAGGAAUUAGGUUGCAGAAGCAGUAAUACAUUUUGUAUGGACAAUUUGAGUUAGAUCAUUUAAUUUGUAUGUAUUUUUAUUUCAAACAUUUUAUUUUAAAUACAUUUAUGUUUACCAUUGCACAACUAUUAAUAAUUGUAUUCAUAAAAAACAUUAGACUAAAAUGAUUUCUGGACCUAGUAUUUCAUCACACAAGAUAUCUCUGAAAAGUUCCUUUAGUAGAAUCCUCGUUUAUAUUCCUUUAACUGAUUCAUGGACCUAGAUCACCUUUGACCUUGAAGCCCCGGUUCUUCAAUGAGAACUUAAGUUUGCCAUUUUAAAGAACACUUCUAUGCAUUGAGCUAGCAUUAACAAAUAUUUAUUUAAUGUUUGCAGCAAGAAGAACUUCCAGAUCCAGACCAGGCUGAGAUAUAUGAAUUUCACUUCAGCGAUCUGCCUGUUCCAGAACUUUACUUGGUUAAAUGUGCUAUUCAGAUGUACUAUGAGCUAGAAGUUGUCGACAAAUUCCAUAUACCGCAAGAGGUAUUCAAAAAUGACAAGCACAUUGUAACGUCAUGUGUUAGGACACUGUAAGCACCCUAACAACAACAGCUCAUUAUGGGGCAAAUAUUCUUUAACUGUUUUUCUCAAUUUUCUGUAAAAACUGUUUCAAAUAGUUUAUAAAAAUAGGGCUCUCUCAGCACCCAAACUUGGCUCAUCCACUAUCACAUGCAUCCUGAAUAUCCUUCAAAAACUGCCCAACAUGGACCAAAAAAAAACAGGAAUUGAGGGGUUCCUGCUUUACUACGCUCAGGAUAAUUGAAGUUAAAUGCUGAUCUUAUAUAAUAUCCCUUAUGGACAGAAAAGACAGAGUGCCAACACUGGUGGUGGCAUAGCCGAGUUCUUGCACUAUGUUGAUACCCUCCAAUGUUGGAUGACUUUGGGUUCCAAAGGCUCUUUGGUAGUAGUUAUUGCGCCUAGAUUGUUACUUUAACUGCCAUCAUUUCAUAGAGUGUAUGGGAGUGUAUGGGAGUGUAUGGGAGACAGGCAAAAAGCACAAACUGAAUACUAGUUCAUAGGCAGGACUUUAAGGUUUGAAAGUGGAUCCCAUCAAAAGCAUAUACUCAUACUUCCUAUCAUUGGGAGCUAUGAAAUCAAUGCCAUUUGCCUCACCAGUGACUCCAGUCCUACCUGGAAAGUGGGCAGGUUUGCACAAAGAAGGGCAUGUCAGAUUUAAUGGACCCCAGGCUGGGUGACAGCAUGACUGGUCAGCUAGACUCGGCGCUAACCAUGCUGAGAGCUUUGUGAGGUAUUCUGUGCCUGGUUAGGUUCAGCAUGGUGUAAGAGCAUCUAGUGGUGUGCUUUCUAGGGAAGAUUCCCUGGUUUGUCCAGAUGCAGGACAAUGGAAGAAAUAUCAAGGAAUGAUGGCAAAUGUCUAUACAUACUAUGUAAAAAGUAACCGUGGGUUUUUGGUAUUUAAUGAAAGUCUCCCAGGUGCUAAAAUGAAUGACAUUGAACAGAGCUAGAACUCUUACUAAUGACUCUUUGGCCUUCAAAUGUCCUUUAUUAUUUUCAUCAUGAAAUGGAGAAGACAGUUUAUAAAGUAUAUUUGGGCUAUUUGUGACAGUUGUCAAGCCAAUACUGUCAUGAAUAUCAUAAAAUGUGCCUGAUCUUUUGUAAUUUUUUGUUUUUGCGUUUGUACUGAUAGUGUACUCUCAUUAUUUUCUGUGAAUUAAGUACACCAGAAAACAAUUAAUUUUGAAUUAUUUUACAUAUAAACUAAUGAAAAAGUUCACCUAUUAUUUUAUAUAAAGUGAUUUUUUUUAGAUGUGGACAUUCAGGGAAUAUAUUUUGUAUGUAGCAUAAUUUUGUAAUCUCUGCUUUUAUACAGGUAUUAGUGCGGUUUAUCUUUUCUGUGAGCAAAGGAUACAGGAAAAUUACUUACCAUAACUGGCGGCAUGGCUUUAAUGUAGGACAAACAAUGUUUACUCUACUCAUGGUAAGAAUACAACGUUAUCCACUAAACUAGAAAAUGUGUGAAAUUGGCCAGGGAUUUACAGAUAAUAAGCCUGAAUAGCCAAUCUGCAAAUUUAGUAUUUUUUUAGAGUAAUUUGGAUGUCAAAUCACAUGAAUUGUGAAAGUCCUUUAAAUAGCAUAUAUUGACUAAGCAUGUUUUUAGCUCCCUGGCAGUUUAAAAGUUUGUUAGGAUUACAGAGGGGUUGAUGGAUGUUACAGUAAACUUUGAUUCAUUUGAAGAACUGUCACCACCCCCCUGAAAAACUUGUAUUUUAUAAAGAUAAAAUCUUUAUAAAAUACUAAUUGUGACUGUGUUGGAAUUUUACUGAAAUUGUACAAGAGAUAUACUGAGACAAAAUUGGGAAUACUUUGUUACUGUACAUAUCCUCCGCCUGACAUUCUUUCUGAGCUACCGUUCUCUAGCUCUGUCUCGCAGGAUCCUCCGUAGACCUCAGUGCUGUACUGUGAUCUAAUGUAUAUUAAGCAGCAUUGUUGUAAAUUGCUUUUUUUUUAAAGACAUACGGAGAGCAGAUCCACCCUCUGGUAAAGGUAUUUGUCCAAGUGUCAUUAAAAAACAAAAACAAAAAAUGGAAAAAUGACUUGCAUCUUCUUUUUCUAGACAGGAAAGCUCAAACGCUAUUAUACAGAUCUGGAAGCCAUGGCAAUGGUGACUGCAGCCUUCUGCCAUGAUAUUGACCACAGGGGCACUAAUAACCUGUACCAGUUGAAGUAAGUACCACUUCAUAUAUCACGCAGCUUGUGUUUUGUCCAAUGCUACCUACCACCAAUAUAUCUCCCAUGACUAUAAUAGCCUUAAACAGGCAGCAGUCACUAUAAUAAUAUAGGAAUAGUGAUCCUGGCUGCUGUUGGUCUAUCAGUAGUCACAUGCAUGUAUAUAAACACAGAGUUUCUUUCUUUUUUUGUUUUGUUUUUUAUGUUAAUGAUUUAACGUGUGAGUUAAACUGUGUGUUCAGCGGCAUUCUCAUACCAUUAGCAUGUUUAACAUUGGACACUUGGCGUUUGCGUCCUUAAUUGACGCAAGUAUGUGCCUUCCCAGUGCCUCAUUUUGAUGUAGUGGACACGUCCUUUUUUUAGCAUCAUUUGGCAUAACUGGUUUCGAUCUUUAUAAGAUCUGACACAAUGAUAAGGUCCUUAUCGUUAUAAUAUAGUGCUUGUUUUGAUUUUGGUCUCCUUCUUGUCUUCCUGUUACGAGCUAACAAGCUAGUUACAAGUUACAAUAUAACUUAUUAUUAUUAUUAUUAUUGCAAUUUAUAUAACGCCAACAGAUUCCGCAGCACUUUACAGUAUUAUUAGAGGUGGGAUUUAACUAUAAAGAGGACAAUUACAUAAAACUUACAGGAACGUUAGGUUGAAGAAGACCCUGCUCAAACGAGCUUACAGUCUAUAGUAGGUGGGGUAUAAAACACAUUAGGACAGGAAAUACCAAUCAAAUACUGUGGGUGUGAAGCAGAGCUGGAGGAGAGAGUAGAGUGUUGCCCUUUAGAAGAGAGCAAGAGACAGGUAUGUGAGGUAGAGGUUACUCUGGGAGGCCAUAACCUUUCCUAAAGAGAUGGGUUUUAAUGCACUUCUUAAAUGAUUGAAGACUAAGGGAGAGUCAGUGUGUUUAAUGACUAUAUUCGAUUGCUGCAUGCCCUGAUUUGUCUACCUCUGGUAUCUUGACCCAGGCUUGUCUAUUGUUUUCUUAGUAUGUCACACCUUGCCAUGUCCUUUGUUCAUGUUAAGCCCAGUGACUCUAAGGUCUGAUAAUUCUUUCUGCCAAUUUUUUUUAACAUCUGCAGUUAGGGAUUCACAUACUUACCUAGUAUGAAGCCUGGCGAUAAGACGCUUUGAAAUAAUCAAUAAAAUCGUAUCUUUAAAUAUUAAUGUUUUUUCCACACAGGUCCGGUCAUCCCCUAGCAAAACUUCACGGAUCAUCUAUCUUAGAAAGGCAUCACUUGGAAUUUAGCAAAACAUUACUCAAAGAUGAGGUACUGUAUCCAAACAGUGCUUACUGACUUGCUUUUAGCAUUAUUAGAAAGAUAAAGUUGAGGUUUCAUUAUCAGUUUGGAAUCUGUUACUUCUACGUCAUACUGAUAUUUCAUGAUCUUUUUUCAUAGUCAGUAAAUAUCUACCAGAACCUAAACAGAAGGCAGUAUGAUCACGCAAUCCAUAUGAUGGACAUUGCAAUCAUUGCAACAGAUUUAGCUUUGUAUUUCAAGUAAGUAUUGAUUGACCUCUAGAACAUUUUGUGUUAAUCAGUCAGGCCGUAGCUCAUGUGACAAUAGUUCAUCUGUGUUUAGAACUAUUUUCCUGCAUAGAAGACAGUCUUUAAUUUACUUUUUCAUCAAUGUGUUCUGCUUUCAACAGCACUUUAGUUCUGCUACCAGUUCAUAGCCAUUGUAAAUUGCUUAACAAACCAACUACUUAGUUCGAGUAAGAAAAUCUCUUAAUUUAUCUUUAUUUUUGUCCUCUCAACAAAUCACUUCUAAAAGAUAACAAACUUUAGGAGGCAUUUUCACACUUAAGGUUACAUUCUAGAAAUUAUUAAAAGGACACAGACAACAUAUUUCUAUUGCAGAGGUCACACAUCUACAUUACCAGUAUCAUUUUGUUCACAUUUGGUCAGCAUUCAUUGCCUGUGCUAUUUGUCAUUGCUUAGAUAAAAAAAAUAUAUAUUUCAUCUCCAUUAGUACUCCAUUAGUACUCAAGAAAUGAAUAUUGCCAUACAAGCUCAUAUUCCAGGCAUUUAAAUGUAACCAAAUGACACAUUCCACCAAAUGUGUUUGGUCCUUGUGUGCCCUUACUUAUUGGUUGCUAUUUAAAAUGACAUGUAGGGAGGGUGGGCAGUAGCAUAGUAAUGGAGUGUGGGGGGCACAUAGCACUACUUUCCUGGCUCUGCACUGCUCCAUAUAUAGCGCAGCUGAGCAGGACUGUGAAAGAGAGUUUUCACAAUCAACUGCCCAGUCUGUCAAAGUUGCUUGGCAUACUAAGAGAGCUAUGAGUAGAAAGGGCAAAUCUGCACUCCCUAUGUCAUAGCCACCCUCACUAAGUCAUAUCUGCUCUCCCUUUACUUACCUCUAAUGCUAUUUACUGAAAUAACACUCCGGGUAUGAAAACCCUUUUCCUCAGUACUGCUCAGCCACACUGCAGUCAUGGUAGGAGACAUUCGCAAGGGAUAGAGGGUGGACAAGUUCAAAGAGGUGAACAAACAGGGAAUGGGAGAAUUUGGGAUUUGACAAACUGCAAAUGUCCCAUAGUUGAAAAACUGAGACUGAAGGGGUGGACUGACAGGUAAUGGGGGGGGGUGGGUGAGGGGUUUGGGGUUCAGACUGAAAGUACUAGUGGGUGGACAAACAGAGAAAGAGGGAAAGACAUACAGAAUGGGAAAACAAGGCUCUAAAAUAUUUUUAAGAUGGGGAGCCCUCAUUAUUGGUUCCUAUUGUGUUUUGGACCCUUUGCUUCUUAUUUCAAUAGAAUACAAUGUUCCUGGUAUUCUUGCCUCUCUAGAUUUGAAUUAGUCUCACAUUUCCACCAGUGGAACUGAUAACUAAAUUCUGAUUAUACAUUUCACAUUCAUAAGUCUACCUUUCUCACAGGAAAAGGGCCAUGUUUCAGAAAAUAGUAGACCAGUCGAAAACAUAUGAAAGCGAGAAAGCAUGGACGGACUAUAUGAUGCUGGAACAGACUCGAAAAGAAAUAGUCAUGUAAGUUCCAUUAGAACAGACAUUUCCUCUAUAUGCGUUCCAUUUCAUCUUGAUAUGAUGCACAAUUAUAAUUGUGAUUUAUAAUAGUUUAACGAGCAUGAUAGCAAAGUAUAUUUGUUUUUCUAAAUAUAUUUCAAAAUAAAAUUAUAUGUGCACUUUAUGAUUUCCAUGUACAAUACUUGAUGUAUAUUAUUCCUAAUUUGGUACCAUCUAUCUUAACAUAAUGCAAGAAAGAAAUAUCAUUAAAUUAUAUUUAUGUGUUUUGUAUAUUUUAAAGUAUGUUAGUGUAACACAAGCCAGCAUUAACGCACAUAUAAAUGUCAAGUUUAUACAUCUUGUGAGAUUUGACAUUCCAUUUCCUAUGUAAGGAAUUAAAUAGCUUUCUUUGCUGUAUAAAAAUAUUCCUGUUUAUCACUAACUAAUAUAAACUCAUCCAUAUGGCAUGUGGAAGAUUUUUUCAUACGCAUAGAAUUAAUUUGCCAAAUUUGGUUAUGAGUUAUUUUUAUUCUUAACUAUGAGAUUGUUUGAGUGGUAACACAACGGAAGUAAAAAUGUAAUUCGGUCAUUACUUGAAAUGUCAUUUUCAGUAGCAUUUAGAUAAGUGAAUUACUAGACUAGAGGUAUUUAUAAAUUUCUGGUGAUUGCACCAUAAUGGAAUUGUUGUUUGCCUUCCCACCAUGUUAUUUACAUGUUACCAUGUCAUCAUCAAUACAACUUUAGCUUAAUGAAGCAGUUUUUGUGCAUAGAUCAUGCAUGUGAUGUUUCACUGCUCAAUUUACUGCCAUUUAGGAGUUAAACCACUUUGUUUCUGUUUAUGCAGCUCUAGCCACACCUCCCUUGCUUGUGACUCAUACAGCCUGUAUGAAAACAAAAUGAUUUAGUUUUCAAUCAGAUGUAACUUACUUUAAAAGUUUUUAUCUCCUACUCUGUAAAGUGAACUUUAGGUUCCUACAUUGUCUAGCAAUCUAUUAACAGAGCAGAUGAUAAGAAAUUCUAAAUUAAACAUAAUUUGCAAUACAGGAAGUCUAAACAUUAGAUGACUCUUUACAGGAAGUUUUUAGGAAGGCUGUGUAAGUCACAUGCAGGGAGGCGUGCCUAGGGCUGCAUAAAGAAAGUGCUUUAACUACUAAAUGGCAGAAAAUUGAGCGGUUAGACUGCAGGAGCAUGAUCUAUACACCAAAACUUCUUUAUUAUGCUAAAGUUGUUUUGGUGACUAUAUUGUCCCUUUAAUGAUUAGCCUAUCUAAUGGUUGUGGAGUAGAUGUAAUUUGCCCAAAAAUGUUACAUGUUGUGAGUGACUAUAUGUAAUUGACAGAAAGGAUCUUAAUAGGUCUCCUGUGCUGAUUUCAUACAAAUACAACAUUUAUUCAUUGUGACAAUUUUGAGAGAAUUUUAGCAGUAUGAAUAGAGUCAACAGCUCCAGGGAAUUGGCUGCAGGAACAGUUAAAGCAUGUUAUAUGUGUAGUAUGUCUUAUACGUAAUAUCUUCCAAAUAGAGAGCACUCUGAAAUCGUUUAAGGAAAAUUUACUGUUGCUUUAUUCAGCAAUCAAAUACAGUGUUGACGUUUCAGUCAAUUCACACUUUUAUCAAGACAACUAUAUAUAUAUAUAUAUAUAUAUAUAUAUAUAUAUAUUGAAUAGAGAUAUUCCCUAGAUAGAGAACCCAAAUAGGGAAUAUAGACAGAAACGGGUUAUAGGGGUGGCAAAACGGGCAUAACCCUGCGUAAAGCACAAAAUAUACAAAAAAAUGAAGGAACGGCCGCCCCGUAGCAAACCGGGCUGCUCACCUUCAAUGCCACCCAAAAAUAGGGCGUCUAAGAAAAAUAAAUAAAUUUUAUUAAGAAUAGUGACUUAACAUCAAAAAAAAAUCUAAAUCAGAAAAGAACUUAGGAACUCGUACGUAUAACAGUAGUUAUGCCUAUUAAACUGUAAGACUACAGUGGGGACAGCAUGUAUCAAUCACUAUUGCAUGUAGCAAUUUAAGCUAAAAAAAGAGUUAAUGCUACAGAUGAUGCUUUGGAUACAUGUUAAAGAUGGCAGGUUAAAUAGACUUGUGUGAAAAAAGGUUGGAGGGGGCCUAUAAGUGGAGAAAGAAACAGAAUGGUUCCAAAUGAACCCCAAGACUGAAUAAAUCAGUCUCACAAUGUCUCCAUAUCAUGUGAACGCCCCAUCAUAAUUAACCAAUCAACAAACUGUUAGAAAAGAGUUCACUAAAGGUUAUACAUCUGACAAAAAAAACCAAAAUACCUAAGGACUCAUAUGAAUAGCAAAAUGCUACCUAUUGACUGCAGGGUUACAGUAUAUAUAAUAUGUGUAAACACUAUUUCAAUAGCAAUCAAAACUCAAAAAGAGUUGAUGCUAAAAGUGAUCUAAACAAUAUAUAUUAUAUUAUGCCCUGCAGAAAAUCAGAGAGUGCAGAAUAAUACACUUGUAUUGGAAAUCGAAAGGAUAGGGGAGAUAAUAUGAACGGAGAGAGGAAUAUAAAGUCGGAAUGGAUAUAAAUGUAGAGUAGCUCCAGAUAGAGUAGAAGCUAGAUAGAUAAACCUCACAGUAACUCCAUAUUAAGUAAUCGCCCCAGCGUAUUAAAUAAAUCAACCCCAAAGUCACUGCAACACUCUGUCAAAAAAAAGGGAGUACACUAAAGGUAUAACAAAAUUAAAAAUAACAUCGGAGAAAAAAGCCCGACGCGCGUUUCGGCGGGUAAACCGCCUUUCUCAAGAGCGAAAUCAAGUAUAUCAAAUUGGGUCCCCUUUUCCCCCGUUUAAAUAACCCCUACUGACCUCCCAUCAGGUGGUAUCAUCCAAUCCCCUUGCUUAGCGGGAUUGAUUAUUACGCAUGUCCCGCCAAAGAGUCCGCGCAUGCGCACCAAACUUAGAAUAGAUGGUCUCUUAUGGCCAUCAGUGCGCAUGUCAAAAUAUCAGUGCAGGAACAGAACAGCGUACAAAGCGUCUGUGCACGCGCGCCAAACUCAAAGUGGGUGGUCUCUUGUGGUCGUCAGUGCGCAUGUCAAAACUUCGGUACAAGGACAGAACAGCGCACAAAGUGAACAGUCCCGCCACAUAGUACAUGCAUAUUUGCGCAUGCGUGCCAAACUCGAAGUCAGUGGUCUCUUAUGAUCGUCAGUGCGCAUAAUUAAAAGAGAGAUGUCCACAUCUAUACAGGAGUUUAGUAAGGAUAGGGGGGAGGGAGAAAAAUAAAAUAAAAAAGACGAAAAAACUUAAUCCUAUUAAUCAUAGUAGAAGAUAAAAUAAUAUAUAUAUAUUAUAGACAAAAAAAGUGAUAAGAGUAAAAACUUUCAAAACUUUCGGCAAGGCUGGUAAUAAUAGAUAUGGGAAAAAGGAGAUGGGAUAUAUAUAACCCAAUGAGUCAUAUGUUUAUAUAAAGGGGGCAAAAGAGAAGCCCUCGUUCAGACCCAAGGGUUGGAGUGUUUUGAGUUCAUAUAUCCAUCUAGAUUCCCUCUGUCUCAGUAUUUUGUCAAAAUCCCCACGUCUAGGGGUCCUUUUUACCAAUUCCAAUCCACAGAAUUUGAGAUUAUUAGGGUCCCCAUGGUGAAAUUCUUUAAGAUGUCUGGAUAUAGGUGUCUCAAGGCGAUUCUUAGGGAAUCUCACAUGUUCCGUGAUUCUAUCUUUAAAUGCUCUAAAAGUUUUCCCCACAUAUUUUUGUCCACAAGUGCACUGAAGCAGGUAUACAAGGCCCUUGGUAUUACAGUUAAAGAAACUUUUAACUUUAAAAGAGCCCAGGCCUUGGCUAUCACUAACAAUCUUGGAGUUUUUGAGGAUAAACUUACAAGCUACACAUUUGCCACAGCCAUAUGUGCCGGUUGGGGGAGUACCCAACCAAGUGGCACGUGGUUGUGUUUUAAUAGAAAAAUGACUGGGUACCAAUAGAUCGCGAAUAUUACGUCCCCUCCUAGCUGUAAUAUUCACAUGUGGGCUUAGAGCCCCCUUGAGAUGUGUAUCGUUUAGUAGGAUGGGCCAGAAUCUUUCAAGUGACUUCCGUACUUCUGACCACCCCCUAUCGAAUGUUGCGAUCAUACGGAUAUUUCCAGCAUCCUUCUUAGUCGUUUUUUCAGUAAGGUCACACAGUAAUUCAUCCCUUUCUGUUUGUAGUGCCUUCUUGUAGGCUUUUUUCAGGCAACGGUUCGGAUAGCCCUUCUCCUUAAAAUGUUGUCGAAGUUGUUUUGCUUUUAAGAUAAAGUCCUGGGUGUCACUACAGUUUCUCCGAAGGCGGAGGUACUGUUCCACCGGGAUACCCUCUUUGAGGGGUCGGGGAUGGUGACUAGUCCAGUGUAGGAGAGAGUUAGUUGCCGUAGGUUUUCUAAACAGUGUAGAAUGAAAUGUGCCAUCUUGGCUAAUACUGAUGGUCACAUCCAGAAAGUUUAUGGACCGUCCUCCGAAUUCAGAUGUAAACCGAAGAUUUUGAUCGUUACAGUUAAGUAAUCCUACCAUGUCUGAAAACUCUUGGGGGGUGCCCUGCCAGACAAUCAAUAUCUUAUCUGGAUAAAGGAGGAAGGGAGACAAACACCUUAUGCUCAAUGUCCUUUCUCUGUUCAGAAUUCUGAUUAAUCAUAUCCCUCUUAGAGGCAGAAGCAGUUUAACCUUUACUUCAGCCACACCACCAGGGGUCGCUACAUUGACGACAUUUUGAUUGUCUGGCAGGGCACCCCCCAAGAGUUUUCAGACAUGGUAGGAUUACUUAACUGUAACGAUCAAAAUCUUCGGUUUACAUCUGAAUUCGGAGGACGGUCCAUAAACUUUCUGGAUGUGACCAUCAGUAUUAGCCAAGAUGGCACAUUUCAUUCUACACUGUUUAGAAAACCUACGGCAACUAACUCUCUCCUACACUGGACUAGUCACCAUCCCCGACCCCUCAAAGAGGGUAUCCCGGUGGGACAGUACCUCCGCCUUCGGAGAAACUGUAGUGACACCCAGGACUUUAUCUUAAAAGCAAAACAACUUCGACAACAUUUUAAGGAGAAGGGCUAUCCGAACCGUUGCCUGAAAAGAGCCUACAAGAAGGCACUACAAACAGAAAGGGAUGAAUUACUGUGUGACCUUACUGAAAAAACGACUAAGAAGGAUGCUGGAAAUAUCCGUAUGAUCGCAACAUUCGAUAGGGGGUGGUCAGAAGUACGGAAGUCACUUGAAAGAUUCUGGCCCAUCCUUCUAAACGAUACACAUCUCAAGGGGGCUCUAAGCCCACAUGUGAAUAUUACAGCUAGGAGGGGACGUAAUAUUCGCGAUCUAUUGGUACCCAGUCAUUUUUCUAUUAAAACACAACCACGUGCCACUUGGUUGGGUACUCCCCCAACCGGCACAUAUGGCUGUGGCAAAUGUGUAGCUUGUAAGUUUAUCCUCAAAAACUCCAAGAUUGUUAGUGAUAGCCAAGGCCUGGGCACUUUUAAAGUUAAAAGUUUCUUUAACUGUAAUACCAAGGGCCUUGUAUACCUGCUUCAGUGCACUUGUGGACAAAAAUAUGUGGGGAAAACUUUUAGAGCAUUUAAAGAUAGAAUCACGGAACAUGUGAGAUCCCCUAAGAAUCGUCUUGAGACACCUAUAUCCAGACAUCUUAAAGAAUUUCACCAUGGGGACCCUAAUAAUCUCAAAUUCUGUGGAUUGGAAUUGGUAAAAAGGACCCCUAGACGUGGGGAUUUUGACAAAAUACUGAGACAGAGGGAAUCUAGAUGGAUAUAUGAACUCAAAACACUCCAACCCUUGGGUCUGAACGAGGGCUUCUCUUUUGCCCCCUUUAUAUAAACAUAUGACUCAUUGGGUUAUAUAUAUCCCAUCUCCUUUUUCCCAUAUCUAUUAUUACCAGCCUUGCCGAAAGUUUUGAAAGUUUUUACUCUUAUCACUUUUUUUGUCUAUAAUAUAUAUAUAUUAUUUUAUCUUCUACUAUGAUUAAUAGGAUUAAGUUUUUUCGUCUUUUUUAUUUUAUUUUUCUCCCUCCCCCCUAUCCUUACUAAACUCCUGUAUAGAUGUGGACAUCUCUCUUUUAAUUAUGCGCACUGACGAUCAUAAGAGACCACUGACUUCGAGUUUGGCACGCAUGCGCAAAUAUGCAUGUACUAUGUGGCGGGACUGUUCACUUUGUGCGCUGUUCUGUCCUUGUACCGAAGUUUUGACAUGCGCACUGACGACCACAAGAGACCACCCACUUUGAGUUUGGCGCGCGUGCACAGACGCUUUGUACGCUGUUCUGUUCCUGCACUGAUAUUUUGACAUGCGCACUGAUGGCCAUAAGAGACCAUCUAUUCUAAGUUUGGUGCGCAUGCGCGGACUCUUUGGCGGGACAUGCGUAAUAAUCAAUCCCGCUAAGCAAGGGGAUUGGAUGAUACCACCUGAUGGGAGGUCAGUAGGGGUUAUUUAAACGGGGGAAAAGGGGACCCAAUUUGAUAUACUUGAUUUCGCUCUUGAGAAAGGCGGUUUACCCGCCGAAACGCGCGUCGGGCUUUUUUCUCCGAUGUUAUUUUUAAUUUUGUUAUACCUUUAGUGUACUCCCUUUUUUUUGACAGAGUGUUGCAGUGACUUUGGGGUUGAUUUAUUUAAUACGCUGGGGCGAUUACUUAAUAUGGAGUUACUGUGAGGUUUAUCUAUCUAGCUUCUACUCUAUCUGGAGCUACUCUACAUUUAUAUCCAUUCCGACUUUAUAUUCCUCUCUCCGUUCAUAUUAUCUCCCCUAUCCUUUCGAUUUCCAAUACAAGUGUAUUAUUCUGCACUCUCUGAUUUUCUGCAGGGCAUAAUAUAAUAUAUAUUGUUUAGAUCACUUUUAGCAUCAACUCUUUUUGAGUUUUGAUUGCUAUUGAAAUAGUGUUUACACAUAUUAUAUAUACUGUAACCCUGCAGUCAAUAGGUAGCAUUUUGCUAUUCAUAUGAGUCCUUAGGUAUUUUGUUUUUUUUUGUCAGAUGUAUAACCUUUAGGGAACUCUUUUCUAACAGUUUGUUGAUUGGUUAAUUAUGAUGGGGCGUUCACAUGAUAUGGAGACAUUGUGAGACUGAUUUAUUCAGUCUUGGGGUUCAUUUGGAACCAUUCUGUUUCUUUCUCCACUUAUAGGCCCCCUCCAACCUUUUUUCACACAAGUCUAUUUAACCUGCCAUCUUUAACAUGUAUCCAAAGCAUCAUCUGUAGCAUUAACUCUUUUUUUAGCUUAAAUUGCUACAUGCAAUAGUGAUUGAUACAUGCUGUCCCCACUGUAGUCUUACAGUUUAAUAGGCAUAACUACUGUUAUACGUACGAGUUCCUAAGUUCUUUUCUGAUUUAGAUUUUUUUUUUGAUGUUAAGUCACUAUUCUUAAUAAAAUUUAUUUAUUUUUCUUAGACGCCCUAUUUUUGGGUGGCAUUGAAGGUGAGCAGCCCGGUUUGCUACGGGGCGGCCGUUCCUUCAUUUUUUUGUAUAUAUAUAUAUAUAUAUAUAUAUAUAUAUAUAUAUAUAUAUAUAGAAAACCUCUGCACUCCAACUAUAUCAAAACAAAAGAUACCUGGUGCUCUGGUGGCUGAACCAUAAGAGAAGGAAAAAAACGGCACUCAAGGAUUUCCAUAUAUUUAAAUCUACAUUUAUUGCGAAGAAUAAAUCAAUAUAUAUAUAUAUAUAUAUAUAUAUAUAUAUAUAGAUAUAGAUAUAUAUACAUAUAUAUAUCUAUAUAUAUAUAUAUACAGUGGGACCUCGGUUUACGAAAUUAAUGCGUUCUCACGGACGUUUCUUAUUGCGAAAAAUGUGUAAACCGAAACGCGGUUCCCUAUAGGAAUGCAUUGAAAACCAAUUAAUCCAUUCUGGAGGUCAGAAAAAAGUCAAAAUGAGCUGGCAUGGAAACCAACCCACAAUGCAGAACACACAGUAAAAGGCAUGCAAAUGACGAAGCUCAGUUAAAGGCAUGCAAAUGACGAAGCUCAGUUCCCUACCUUUCCACAGUUUGAGAAAUGCACCAAAAAGUCCCAAAACAACUGCAAACAAUUUCCAGAAUGUCUCCAAAACGCGAUGCAAAAGCCGCUCCAACACCUCCAUACUCGAAGCCACGUGCUACCCACAGGAUCCAGCAUGCGGGGGUGGUGCUAUAAACCUCCCAAUAGCAAUGCAUCCUGGGGAAACUUGCUUUGUAUUGCAAAAAAAUUUUGUAAACCGAGGCAUUAUUUUCAAUGGAUUUUUAUUUGUAAACCGAAAAUUAUGUUAACCGAGGCGUUUGUAAACCGAGGUCCCACUGUAGUGAUUUGUAAUCAGAAUUGGCACUAUUUAUGUCUUUGUUUUUCUUUAGGGCAAUGAUGAUGACCGCAUGUGAUUUAUCAGCCAUUGCCAAACCCUGGGAAAUACAAAGUAAGGUAUGGAGAACAAAUAAUCAUGUACAAUAACAACCGCAUGCAUAACGUUAUUACAAACACAACAUGACUAUAAAAUACAGCAUAAAAAAACUUUCAUAGUCAUUGUGUAUCUAGUGAUUGAUGAGAUUUUUUUGGAAAAAUUCUGGUCAAGGAACCUAUAAUGUAAGUUCAUGGACACUGAAAUGUUAUAAAUAUGUGUCAACUGAAUGCACGCAUGUCCAAAAGGUCAACAGUACUUCAAAAUGUUCCAUGUGUCUGAGUGCAGACUACUUACUAGGAAAUGUAUUUUCAAUGUAAUUUACACGGUUUUCCAGAGGGUCAAUUCUAUUUAUACACCAGGAAACUGACCAAUAGUUUCAUAGACCUGCAAGUGUAAGUAGAGCAAUAUGGUGGAAAUGUCACUGAAUGUUAACAUUUGCAUUGCUAUCGCUACAGCAGUGACAAAGAGAUAAACCAGACUCAGUACCUCAUACCGUUUCAAUGUCAGGUUUAUUUCUGUCUUCAUUAGGAUGUGAAAGACAUUUAUCCUAGAUUUAAAGUGUUACAAGUUAACACCAGGCAAAGGUUUUGCUGAAUAGCAAAUAUUGAAUAUGGUGUAACGUUUGUUAGAUAAGUAAUCAUAAAACCGUAUGCUGCUUUUAACAAUACAAAAUACAUGGAUUAAAAGUGUGUCUAAAUCUUGAAGUGGAGAUAAACGUGGUAGUGGGAUACUCGUGGUAAGGGGUGCUUUGGCUUAAACAUUCCAAAGGAUUGUCGUUCACUUAAUUUUUCACAAUAGAGUUCUUGAAUAUCACAGAGGUGUGUUUCAGGCCAUUAUAUUGUUCAACAAAGGUGUGUAACUAGGAACCGCUGGGCCGUGGUACAAUUAUUAAAGAAGGGCCCUCCUUGAUGCUCAUCCUCUCUCACCUUGCUGUUUAUUCUCGCACUUACCUAAGGAAUACACCUGGGUGGGAUAGCUGUGUGUGAUUGAGCAGUGAUUGCCUGGGUGUGGCUGGUGUUUACCAGAGUGUAUUAUGUAUGUGUGUAAUUGGAUGAGUGCAAUUGUAUGGGGCUAGCUGAGUAUGAUUGUGUGUGUGGUUGUCUGAGAGGGAGACUGGCAUACAGAAAAAAAAGGAAUGUCAAAGAGAGCUAAAGGAGAGUCAGAGAGGGAGGGAGAGAUGCAGCGCCAAAAAAGACAGAGAGGGAAAUCUAAAGGGCAAUAUUAAAAAGAAGCAGCAUUCCAAAGUUGGAAAUGUAUGUAUAUAAAUAUUUUCACCGAAGGGUUUAUAGAAAAUUGUGAAAACUUGCAGUCAAUAUAAAGAAGCAAUCAACAUCUGACUGUACAGGUCUAUAAUUCAUGUCUUUUAUAAGGAAAACAAAACAAUGAAGUCAAACCAUGAUACAUAUUAUAGUAUAGCAUAGCAUACCCAAGUACAAUACUGGCAUAUAAAAGAACAAUGGCAAUUCAAUGGUCCACUGUCCGUGCUUUCCACCAAUCUUGUUAUUGCAUACAACUUACAAGUGGCCAAGAACUCCUGUCAAUGUAAGCAAAGUUCUAAUAAGAACAGGCAGGAUUUAUAUUGGGAGGAUGAUGGAAUUGGUCAUGCUACAGACGCUCCAAAAGAGUUUAAACUGUUUAACUAAAACAUUUCCAGGCAAAUUUGGUUGGUUCUAAGUCGACUGACUACAGACGUUGACUGCACAUUCUGCGAACUAAGUUCCACUAAGAUGAAAUGUCUUGUGAACUAGUUCCAAAGAGUCCUAAAACUUGUUUAGGAUUACAUAUCAGUUAGACCAAAGUCUUAAACUCAGCAAGGUCCAAUAUAACUGACAAUUCUAAGGAUGUAAGGAGAGACAGUGGAAGGGAGGGAAGAUGAAAGGCAAUGAGGAGACCAAAGAUAAACAGAAAAUGAGUGCAAUAGAGACAGAGAGGUAGGAAGCUUGUUGUAAGCUCUUCUGCACUAUCCAAUAGCUUCCUGAGGACUGAGAAGGGCAAUUUUGGCAAUUUUGGACAGAACUCAAUACCUACACCAAGGAUGAUGUGAGAGCAAGUCAAAGUUUUCUGACAUGACAGCCUGAUGUGCCUCCGCAGUGCACACUAAGAAGGAGGAUUGCAGGGUCAUCUGAUGUCAUUUAAUUCUUAUUUAGUAUAUUGUCCUAUUGGUGAUAUGCUACAUAACAAUUUUGCAAGGAAGGGCCACUACCUGGUAUGGGUCCCCAUUGAAAGGCAGUACCCCAGGGUCCAGUCGCAAUAGCGACUCUGGUGUUCCACCACUUGGCAGGUCAGCUAGGUUUCAUGCAAAUAAUUGACCUUGCUGUAAACCUCGUAAGAGUCACAAACUAGACACACUACUUACUUAACAGGCAUUCCUCCUACAAAGGUCUAUAUAGUAAGAGAAUUAAGACCUAUAUACUGAAAAAUUGGGUUUAAUUAGAUGAGUCCAUACUCUUUAAAAAACAAACAAACAGAUAAUCAUGAAAAAAAUGGUUUCAAACCUUUAUUCAUUAAAAUAUUCCCUUACUGUUUAUUAGUUUGUGUGUGUGUGUGUGUACAAGACAUAUUUCUUUUACGAACAUAAUCAGAGGAAUUGCCAUACAAGAAACACGUUAGCAUCUCCCUUCAUUGUGCCCCUUCUGGCACAUUAUUUCCAAAUAUGUAUUUUUUUUUAAUUCAUUGGAUGGAAUAUACUUAAAUUCUGAAAGCAGGACCCGGCACUGGUGAUAUAUUUUAUUUUCUGAAAUAACACACAAACUAUUUUAAUUGUCAGGUGGCUCUUCUGGUUGCUGCUGAGUUUUGGGAGCAGGGUGACCUGGAAAGGACUGUAUUGCAGCAAAACCCCAUUGUAAGUAUACACUAUUUUUUUAUAUUCCAUCAACAUCUUACAGAAUAAACUCUCAUAAGAGUUCUUGUAUUUCAGUAUUACAAAGAAGAUCAACAUUUUUGAAAAUAUAAAAUAUAAAAAAAACAUGAUGUGUUUAAAGGCUUUGUACAUCCCUAAUUUUUACUCUUUAAGUUAGGGAUGAAAAACUAUAAAUCACAAAAUCUUAAUUGUCUAGUCAUGUUGGUUUUAUCCUUUUAUAGCCAAUGAUGGACAGGAACAAAGCAGAAGAACUUCCAAAGCUUCAGUGUGGUUUUAUCGAUUUUGUCUGCACAUUUGUAUACAAGGUAUGUUCUUCUUAUUAUAGGAGUAAUAUUCUGUUAACUUUGCUAUUAAGUUUUAAAAUGGUGAUAACUUUUUUGUUUGAACAUUUUCAACUCCGUAUUUUAAUGUACCAAAAUAAUAUUUUACAUUAAACAAACACAGUAAAAUCAACAUUUUCAUUUCAAAGGGAUAUUUAUGAAGCUUGAUAAAGCUUAAUGUGAGGGAUAAAACAUUGCGUUUGUGAACCAGUAAAUCUAUAUUGCUGAUCAUUUGAUAAAAUGUGUGUUAGACUCAUCUAUUGGUUUGAAUCGUAUUGGUUUGGUUAAAACAUAGUCACUUGUACCCACUUAACACCUGUUAUAGUUUUAUUUUUUGCUUGUUUGUAUUGGAUGAGUGUCUCCCUAAGUCAAAAUGUUAGUCCAGACAUUGGCACCUUUCUCAUUGUGUUAUUCACUUCAUCUCAAGGAAAAGGCCAAAACGAUUGUUUGAGUUAACAGAUUUAUGUUAACAAAGAGAAUGUGUCAACAUUUUGGUACCGGACUAUCGCUUAGGGUGGGAUCAUUCUGAAAUGUAAAUGUUAUAAAUUCUCUGUGUAAUGGCAUAUACAAACAACACUUGUAUAAGACGAGCUGGGACCAGUUGAAGGGCAGGCUAUUGAGCUAUAUCACAAUAUAUAUAUGUAUAUCAUAUAUCAAAAUACCCAAUGCUAUUUUAAAAAGGUUUGCUGACUUGAAUACUUGCCUGUACAAAUCUGUCUUAAAUCUUUCCCAUUGCCCUUCACUGAUCCGAACAUUAUAUAAGCACAUGGAGGAUUAUCUGUAUGUUGGCUGAAGCUAAAACUCUUUGGGGAUUAUUUACGCAACUGGCCAUCAUGGAGGGUUCAGAAGGGAAUUGCACAGAUGAAUAAAGAAAAGCUAGAAAGAGCUAAAGAUGUAGGGUGUUCCCAGUCCAGCUAUCUUGGUUAAAAAUUUGCAAUUCUUUUCUCAACUCUCCACAAUCCCUACUUUACCUAGCACACUUGUUUAAAGGACAACUGUCUCCUCUAAACAAUGUUAUAAACAUAAUAAUGCUUUCAUCAAGUUUUUUUUUUUUUUUAAAUGAAGUAUAUGUAAAAAAAAAAAAAAAAAAAAAUUGAAAACCCAUCCUUACCUUUAGACAGGAUUCCUGGAGCUGCUUUGGGUCAAACAGUGUUUGAAAACUGACAGUCUUUAUAGUCUUGCCUGCUUCUAUGCAUAGAGUGAAGCAGGGAAUAUCAUGGAGACCAAAGGUGUAUACAUAUGACUGAAGGAUCAUGUCAUAUUCUAAAGGAAGGGAUGGGUUUUUCUUAUUUUAUUAGGUGUACUUCAUUAAAAAAAACUUUCAUAACUUGAUAUUAUAUAAAAAAAAAAUUUGAGGUGACAGUUGUCCUUUAACAUUGUACCAUCUAGUGACAGAAGUCAGAUUCUCAAAUGCAUUGUAACCAUUUGUUAAUUGAUAUGAUGUUUUUUACAAUUACAUAUUUUCAUGCAGAAGGGGUCCGUGACAAUAUAUCGAACUUAAAAUACCACUUAAGUCAUCCAGGCUGCUUCAUCUGAUGGAGUGACCUGAGUGCAGUGGUUCCAUAGAUUUUUUUUAGAAACUACAAUGUUUAGAUCGCAGAGUUAAACACACCUCCAGUGGCUGUCUUCCUGACAGCCAUUAAAAGUGCUUACUGAUGCAAUAACUAAGUAGAACUCAGUCAUGUGACUGCAAUCCUGUAGGAAAGUAUUGGUUCAAUAUUUUCCUAUGCGGAAAUUUGAUGCACGUGCGAAGCAUGGGAUUGGGCUGACUACAGAGGAGGACAUGUCUUUUACAUGAUGCUGUGGGAAGAGAAAAGGUAAGCAGCACUGAGGGAGCCUUGGCAUUGGAAAAAGUGAAGUGAAACAUCUAAUUUGAAACCUUUUUUAAGACCAGACCAAGGGACAAGAACACUUAAAGGAACACUAUAGGAUCAGGAACCAGGGCUGGACUGGGGAUACAAAGCAGACCUGGAAAAAAAAAUCUAUGCCAGCCCCAUAAGUGAUUGCGCCAUAUAUUGUCGCAUGUAAUAUGUAAGGCUAUGUCUUGCCACCACAGAUGAUUGAGUAAUAUUGCUUUUUCUAAUAUAAAAUAUUGGUCCUUUCAGAGUAAAACAUUUAAUUAUACAGUAAGCAUACUCACAUGCAGACACAGACAAUCUCACUGACACAUACAAGCUCAUUGAUACACAGCCUCAUAGACAAACAAUCUCACUGAUAUACAUAAGCUCAUUGACAUAAAAACACAAGCUCACUCACUAGCAGGCACACAGGCUUUUCAAUGUAAACACUGACUUUUCAGAGAAAAGACAGUGUUUACAUUGCUUCCUAGUGACACCUCUAGUGACAGACACUCAGACAGUCACUAGAGGCGCUUCCUGUGUCAGUGCGGAUUGGCUGAGAUCAUCAAGCUUGAUGAUCUCAGUCAUAGAGGCAGGGCCAGUUGAGGGGAGACCAGCACGACAUUGGGGGAAGAAAAAAAAAGGUAAGUAAAAACACUAUUUAAAAAAAGGUGAGUAAAAACACUAUUUUUAAAAACACGCACAGACACCAUGACAGACACACACACACACCAUGACACAUACAUAUACCAUGGCAGAAACACACACACACCAAGACAGACACACACACCAUGACAGACACACACCCACCAUGACACAGACAGACACACACACGCCAUGAUACAGACACACCGUGACACAGACACACACACACCAUGACACAGACACACAUUACAUGACACAGACAGACACACACACCAUGACACAGACAGACACACACACCAUGACAGACAGACACACACACACCAUGACACAGACAGACACACACACCAUGAUACAGACACACCGUGACAGACACACACACACUGUGACACAGACAGACACACAUUACAUGACACAGACAGACACAGACAAACACACACACACACCAUGACACAGACACACACACACACACACCAUGACACAGACAGACAGACACACACACAUACACACACCAUUAAACAGACAGACACACACACACACACACACCAUGACACAGACAGAUACACACACACACACCAUGACACAUACACUCCCACUGACAGACUGACAUACAUACUUGGUGCAGCAUGCAGGGAGGUCUAAUGGCGGCCGCAGGGAGAGCUUGGAUGGCGGCCGCAAGGGUUGCUAGCUGUUCUGUCUCUGCUCACCAGCGCGCAGCUUAAUGAGACCGGGGCUGGAAUAUGACGUCAUAUUCCGGCCCCGGUCUAAUUAAGUAGCACGCGAGGGCGGAGGAGCAGAGACAGAACAGCCAGCUCCCCCUGCGGCCGCAGAUCACCCAAAUGUCUCCCCGGCCCCAGGUGCCGACGGCCCACCGGGAAUUGUAUUCCUGACACUGUAGUGUUAAAUACUAUUACCUACCCCUGGUCCCCAUUUUCCCUAAAUAUAGUAAAGUCUUAUUGCUGCUGGCACUGCCCUUGAUCUGCUUGAUUGGCUGAUAUCAUCAGUAGUGUUGUUCUAAGCCAAUCAAUGGAUUGGCUGAGACUGUCAAGGAGGCAGAUCAGGGGCAGAGCCAGCACAAGUGAAAUACAGCCCUGGCCAAUCUGCAUCUCCUUUAAUCAAUGCAUAUCUAUGAGGAAAGUUCAGGGUCUCCAUGCAGAGGGUGGAGACACUGAAUGUCAGUCGCACUGUGCAGCACGGCCCCAGGAUGCACCCCUAGCAGCCAUCUGAGGAGUGGCCAGUGGAGGUAUCCCUAGGCUGUGAUGUAAACACAGCAUUUUCUCUGAAAAGACAGUGUUUACUGCAGAAAAAGCUUGAAGGGAAUGAUUCUACUCACCAGAACAAAUACAAUAAGCUGUAGUUCUUCUGAUGUCUAUAGUGUCCCUCUAAGCAUUAAGAAUACACACUUGUGUUGAUAACGCAAUAGUGUUUCUUUAUGUUUUGUGUGUCGCAUCAGCCUUUAACUUUAAAUAACUCUAACCAUUAAAUGUACACUUCAUACAUAACCAUAUCUGUUAACAAAUCAUGGUAACUAGGCAUAAAAAUCUAGUUUUCGUUUGGAAUGUUAAUCAUGAAGUUUCCUAUUUUCAUUAGAGGUGCUAUCACAAGGUACACCAAUCAGCCACAACAAUAAAACCACUGACAAGUGAAGUUAAUAACAUUGAUUAUAUGAAUACAUUCAGUGUAUUGUAGUUUGCUGUUUAGCUGCAGACCAGUCAGAGUGCCCAUGAUGACCCCUGUCCAUCGCCAAAAGUACCUUCAAUGGGGGCCAUGGACUUGACCAUGGAACAAUGAAAGAAGGUUACCUGAUCUGAUGAAACUUGUUUUCUUUUAGAUCAGGUUAAUGGCCAUGUGUGUUAAUUUUGGAAAGAGAUGACGGCACUUUGAGAAGAAGGCAGGCCAGCGGAAGCAAUGUUAUGCUCUGGACAAUGUUUUGCUGAGCAACCUUGGGUCAUGGAAUUCCUGUGAAUGUUAUUUUGACCACCUAUCUAGUGAUUGUUUCAGACCAUGUACAAUCCCUGUAUGGCAAUGGUGUUCCCAGAUAUUGGUGGCCUCUUUCAGCAGGAUAAUGCACCCUGCUACACUGCAAAAGUUGUUCAGGAAAGAUUUGAGGAAUAUGACAAAGAAUUCAAAGUGUUACCUUUGUCUCAAAAUUUCUCAGAUCCCGGUAUGAUUGAGUAUCUAUGGCAUGUGUUGGAACAACAAUUCCGUUUCAAGGAGGUCCCACCUCACAACUUGCUGGACUUAAGUGACCUGCUGCUAAUGUCUUGGUGCCAGAUACAACAGGACACAUUCAGAGGUCUUGUUGAGCCCGUGCCUCGAUGCAUUACAGCUGCUUUGGAAGCAUGAGGGGGACCUACAUUGUAUUAGUCAGGUGGUUUUAAUGUGGCUGAUCAGUGUAUAGUAAACAUACAAUAAUGAUACCGGAAAUCUGAAAUAUUCUAAGAAGGGGUACUACUAACCAGAGCCAUAUUCGUGUAAAACAACAAUUGGUUGUUAAAGAAUAUCAGUCAAUUCCAAAUUUGUUAAGCACUAUAUACAGUACAUAUGCUACAAACAAUUUUUUAACAGUACUCUUUUGCCACACUGCAUUAUCAAGCCUAGUAUUUGUAGUCUACUUCCAAUACAGAAGAAAUUGGGAAUACCUAGGAAAAAAAAAACAUUGUUUCCACAUAUAACGUCUUCACUUUUUUUUUAUUUGGCCCAGGAGUUCUCACGAUUUCAUCCAGAGAUCCAGCCAAUGUAUGACAGGAUUUUAAAUAACAAGAAAGAAUGGAAAGCUUUGGCCGAUGAGUAUGAAGCAAAAAUGAAAGCUUUGGAGGAGGAGAGGCAAAAGAAAGAGGGUAUUCAGCCACAAAAAGCAGGUAAGGAAAGGCAUAUUUCAUCUCCCUGUGCAUAUUAUUUGUUACGCUGGAAUAGUAAAUGUGCUCUCAUAUUUAAAAGAAGAAAAACUACCACAACAAGAGGACAUAGUCUUAAAUUAGAGGGGCAAAGGUUUAAAAAUAAUAUCAGGAAGUAUUACUUUACUGAGAGGGUAGUGGAUGCAUGGAAUAGCCUUCCAGCUGAAGGGGUAGAGGUUAAUACAGUGAAGGAGUUUAAGCAUGCGUGGGAUAAACAUAAGGCUAUCUUAGAUAUAAGAAACUAAUGAAAGUUUUUUUAGAAAAUUGGGCAGACUAGAUGGAUUCUUAUCUGCCGUCACAUUCUAUGUUUCUCAUAUUGGAGAGGUCCUGUUGUUAUAGGUCUUUCAGUUCCAUUCUCUAUGUUUUGUUUCUUAGUUUGCUUGUUUGUUUUUGUCAAUCCGUUUUGACGAUUUUGAACAAAAACUGGGCACUCCCUCGCAGCCCUCUUUUCAGGAAUGCCUCUAAUUUUCAUAUUUUUCCAUCAUCCCAUGGCUUACUAUUCUACCAACUUUUGUGUCAGUUUGAUCAUGUAGCAACUGUAAUUGUGUAGUAGUAAUUGAGGCAAUUUGUGCCUGUAUAAGAGAUCUCUCCAGCACAGUCUUUGCUCUAUACAAUGUACAUUCCUUCUCAGACUACAGAUAGAAUGGAAUGUCAUAGGGAACAAAUAUUCUUAACGAAGACUUUGACGUCACAUUUUAUGCUUGGUGUUUCACAUUUCUCAAAAAAGGAUGUGUGGUGUAGAUCUCUUUUGCAAUGAAUGUUGUUGUUCACAUCCAGCAAGAGUUUCCCUGAGAUAGAAGGCUGCCAUUUUAGAAGCACCUCUAGGCUGUUGAAUUUCUAAUAAUUCUAGAACUAGUCCUGGGGUAGAUCCACAUUUCUUGGAUUACUUCCCCAUCAAUAAAAGUAUAGUAAGUAAUGAAAUAUAGCAGGCUCAAGUUUUCUUGAAAGGGAAGAAUCAGUAUUAAGAUAGAUUUUACGGACUAUUAAUUUGACCAUUAAUUUCCCAUUUUAUUAGAUGAUAACUGUUAUAUUUAAGUCUUUUUUUUUUUUUUGUUAUGUCCAAAAUUCCUUAAUGCAUCACUAAUAUAUUUCCCCUCUAUUUUUUUUUUUUUUUUUUUUUUAGGUCCAGCUGUUACAGGAAAAGAAAAUGGUGGAAAUGUCCCAGUGGGUGAACCAGCAACGCAGUCAAAAAGUUGUUCUAUCUUAUAAGACUGUAAAUAUUUAUUUUUUGCUCAAUAGGGUAUUGAUAACAAUUAUACGGUACUCAUCUAGAACGGUACUGUGAUUUGUUAUGACUAAAUCAUUUUGCAUUACAUGUAAAACACUUUAAAAUUCAUAAUUACAACCAAAUAUCCGAUAAUGGCCUGGAUUUUAUAUUUUUUGGUAUGUUUUUCAAAUGAUUCAAAUCUGUUAAAGAAACUCUCCUUGGACUUUAUGGGUGACUUCUUUAGAUAAAUCAUUUGGAAAGUUUUCCAACAGAUUCUUGUCAUUUGAAAAGCCUAUUAAAAAAUGUUAAACUGAGGUCAAUAUAUAUUUUAUAGAAUAAUGUGUAUAUAACAUGAUUUAAUAUUCAGAGGUAUAAUUACCAGACUGUUAACAACUGGGCUCAACUGAUUAAAGAGGCAAUAUGCUAAUAAGCCUUCCCCUUCUGAGUCCGGGCUUAUCCCAGAAUCCUUUUUCUCCACAUGCUCCCGACCAUAGGAGUGCAGCAUGUAUCAUUCACAUGCCAUCAGCUGGCCUCUGUCUUUUUCAAAAAGUUAACAUUCCAUUAAAUAUUAUACAUUAAAAGACGGGGGCUAGCAUAAUAUGUUUGAACUGGCCUGCAACAACAGCUGAUUAUGCCUUGGCUCAUGUAUUUCAUUUGUUUGAUGACAUGGCAUUUUGAGUAUCUUUCCAGGCUACUAUACGGUGAAGUAUUUUUAGACUGUAGGUAAACCAGCCACCUGUAUGUUGGAUUUUCCUAUUACCAGUGUUAGCAUGUCACAUGCUUGUUAAUGCCUAGGCUAUUGCUAAGCUCACAAUUACUCAUAACUGGAUGAGAAACUAUUAUACAAAAGCUGUGAUGAUAAAGAGCUGGUCCGGUUAUUCCACUUGACUUAAUUGGUGGGCUUGUUAGGGGAUCGGAAUGUCCAGAAUAUUGCUGUUGCAGUGUUUGUUAUAAUUCUACUAUGAUUUUAUAAUCCUAUAAAUGUACUUAGAUGGUAAGUGCUUCCCAUUCCAAAGUAUGUAUAUUUUUUACUUUUUUCUGGCAAUAAUCUUCUAACUAAAGCUAAAUAAGGACAUAUUUUAUUUGUGUGGAUUGAGUGGGACUGUGGUGGAAUGUUCAACGAGGUUUGUUUUUGUUGUUUUAGUUCAUCAGGAUAACAUACCUAAAAUUUUACAAGGGUAAAUAAAUGGUCACUUCACUAGAGCCUUCAAUCACAGUAAUGUUUUGACCAAUUCGAAUGGCCGUGGCCAUAACUUAUUGGAAAUCUUGCUGUGAUUUGAGGCACCUAUAAAGUAUUAUUAAGCACCUUAGGGAUGAGCCAUGGAUUAUCUAUUUUCUCUGCAUUUAUUGUCAUUAUCUCAAGACUGCCGUCAUUGCACCCUUUUAGUGACAUAGAAACAUAGAAACAUAGAAACAUAGAAUGUGACGGCAGAUAAGAACCAUUCGGCCCAUCUAGUCUGCCCAAUUUUCUAAAAACUUUCAUUAGUCCCUAGCCUUAUCUUAUAGUUAGGAUAGCCUUAUGCCUAUCCCAUGCAUGCUUAAACUCCUUUACUGUGUUAACCUCUACCACUUCAGCUGGAUAACAUGUAUCUGAAGUAAAAUCAGAUCACAGGAUAGCGAGACUAGAAGGACCAGGAAGCCAAAGGGUUUCGUUAAACCCGCAUGAUGAUAUUUAUGCUUCUGAUACCUAAGAUGCAAAUCAGUCCCCAUGUUAGAAAUACAUCGUUUGCUACAGCUAUAUACAUAGCUACAGUUAAAAACAUGCAGACUAGCUACCUAUUCUCUAUGGUUAAUUCUGACAUGUAAAGACAAAAGAAAUGCAACAAGAAAAUGUCAGAAAAUUAUGAUUAUUUUUUUUUACAUCAUGGUAAUCUCUAAAUAAAACUGUGUAAUUAAAAUGUGCAGUUAUUUCCCUUUGUGUAUAUUUUAAAUAAACCUUUUGUGUUUUUGUUGGUUUAGUUGGUGAAACAAUAUACUUGUGAGUCAUAUCUCUGGCAGCUUUUACUAGCCUGACUUCAAAAGUCCUCAAGCACUUGGCUGAGAUUAAUGAGAGAUGUACGAAUCCACACAUAGAAGGUAGUAACCUUCUAUGUGUGGAUUCGUACAUCUCUCAUUGCCCACAUCAGUUUGUUUUUAAAACAUUUAAACGGCCUUCUCUGUCAGGUUAAUAAAGGUGAUUUAUUUACUUUUUCUCCUUCACCCCACCGGUCUCCAUGCUCAAGCUCUACUUCUUUGGUUGAGAUCAUCAAUGUUGAUUAUCUCAGCCAAUCCAAUGCUUUCCAAUAGGGAAGCAUUGGGAGUCUAGUGCGAAUGCAUGGCAAAACACUGCCCUGCACCAAACAGAUUGUCUGCUACGACCAUCUAACUGAAAUAACAGAAUUUUUCAUUACGAAGAAGUGUUCUGGUUGCCUAUAGUAUUCCUUUAAAUGUUUAUUUUAACUAUUUCAUUAUGCAGAGAUUGUGGUGUAAUGGGUUCUGUGCCGGUCAAAGAACAUAUUGCUACAUGAAGUACUGUAGAUACACAUUACAUAAAAUAAUGUAACCUGAAGCUGCAAUGUGCAACAUGUUAUCUAUGCAAUGCAACUAUACUCUUUUUUGAGGUAUCAUUAAAUAAAGCAUAUAAUGUAAGCAAACAUUACAGGGCAUUUUAUCAGUUCUGUUUACUUUAUGAUAAAUAUCUCUUAAAAUAAUUAUCUAAGAAUAUGAAUGCAUAUAUAUAUAUAUAUAUAUAUAUAUUAGUAUGCAUGUGAGUGUGUGUAUAUGUGUGUGUGCACUUUUAUAUGUAGGUGUACAGUAUAUUGUCAUGCAAAGGGCAAGCAUAUCUAAGAAAAUUUACAAAUGUAUAGUGUAAUGAUAGAAUUAGGCCAAGUGGUAUCUGUAAUAUGUCCCAAGUUCUUUUGAUUGUAUGAUGCCAACACUUGUUCAGCAUGUAUCGCUUAUAAUCUGGAGCAAAAUUGAGAAUUUUAGGAAUGAUUUAUUAAAUGCACAGUAAACUCCAAGAUAACAGAGCUGUGAUAAAGCAUAAUCUGAAAACAAUGAACAUUCUAUUUUAUAAUGUUUUGACAUAACAUUUGGUACUUGACAUCAAUAUGAACUAACUACAUAACUAAAUUUGGCAUUGAGCAUGAAGCACACAUUGUAUCACUCAUGGCUAUUCUGCUGAAGUUUAAGCACAGUACAAUUUGUCAGUUGCAUUGACUUGUCCUAUGUAUUUAUAAUAGAAAGCUAGAUUUUGCCCUCAUUGUUACAAUUUUGUUUCUUUUUCUAACAAAUUAAAAUGCACAUUUUAAAGUUGAACCACACCAGGAAACGUGUCUUGAUUGUCUUUCUGUCUGUUUCAUUAAGUUAAUUAUUUUGCCCAAGUCAGCAAGGGAGGGAAAACUCAACAUUUAAAGUAAUAUACAUGCAUACAGAAAAGGAAACAUACAAGCAAAUAUGUACAUUUUUUUUUCAGAAAUCUAUAGUGAACACUACCAAAGUAAGGUCUUUAAUUCUGACCGGUUUUACUAAUCGCAAUCCUUUCAGUGGAGUUUACUUAACAUGUUCGCUUGGCUGUUACUAGAAAAUUGAGGAAGUAAAUAAGCUGUUGAUGAUGUUUAUAGCACAUUGCAGGAGGAUCUUCAGAUUCUUGGAAUACAUCCCCAUUAUGACUUUACGGAAUGCUCUAGAAGCGGUUGUUACAGCUGUUAUUUUUCUCUUCCCCAUUCUCACUUUUGUUUUCUAAAAUUUGUAAUGGGCCAACUUUCAUUGUGCAACCUGUUACUCUCAUAAAUGCAUUUCCAGGUUUAAGUUAUUACUCUCUUUGUUAAAACACACAGGUGCAUUUACAUGUAGGAGUUUUAUUGGAGUAAUCCAAAAAGGACUUUAAAAGACUGUAGUGGAUGUUCUUUAAGGUAUAAAUGAGCUAAAAUGUGGUAAAGAUGUUGGUGGAAAAUAUCAAGACAAUUAAAUAGCUACUAAUAGUUACCAAAAAUAUAUUGUGAAGGAUUGGUUCCAUAAUGCAAUUAGUUUCAGGAUAAUUCAAUAAAAUUAUUGUCCUCUAAGUUUGGGAUUUUACUUAAGGAAUACCACUGACAUACUGUGUUUUAGCUGCAUUGUAUAUAACGCUGUAACAUUGAUUGAUAUGUCUGUUCAAUCAUAGCAGAUAUUGUUACAUGGAAAAUGUUUUUCAAAAAAUGCUAAUAAAAUAAUUCUGAUAAACACAA